AUGGCCACCAACAUACAGAAAGACCAGGUAAGUCCCUAGACAUCACAGAGACUCCAGCCAGCAGUGACAGCCCUGUGUGUCCCUCUGCUACUGUCUCUUGGUAUGUCACUGUUUGUCAUAGCUACGCAAGUAAAUCAGGUGCAGACUUGCUCUGAACUUAAUAGGCAUCUCAGUCUUUUUUUACUGCUUACAUGCAUGUGAAAGGCAUCCAGACUGGUCGAUUUACUAAACUGUGAAUUGUAGUGAAUUGAAAAUCUAAUGGCACGAUUAAGCUAAACUAGCCAAGCUGUGACUGUAGCUGAAUUGGAGAUUUUUCUUUUAAAUAGAAUCCUAAAUGUUGCCAUUUGCAUCUCUGCUCCCUGCGAUUCACAGUUUAAAGAAUAAAGGUUAAAAAAAGUGCAUUGUUUGUAAUUGAUGGCUGAAGAUUGACUCACCUAAAUAAAAUAUAUAUAUAUAUAUAUAUAUAUAUAUAUAUAUAUAUAUAUAUAUAUAUAUAUAUAUAUAAUUUUUUUUUUUUUUUUAAAGGGCUUACUCUCUAAACCAGGAUUUGCCAUUUCACCUCAUUUUAGAUCGUACGAGCCAAGGUUUAAAAAAUAUAUGGAGUUGGAUAAUUAUUUUGGAAUCAUUCUACAGUUUGGAUUUAAAAUGUUCAAUUCUUAGUCGAUUUUCCACAAUUCCCAAUUUAGUGGAUAAGCCACUAAAGGAGAAUAUAUAUAUUUUUUUCAAUAUUAAUUUUGUAGUGCUAAUAUAUUGCAAAGUAUUGCACAAUUUGCAAUUAAUCUCUGCAAGUAUCGGUGACAAAUUAUUAAUUUGAAAAUCAUAUCUGAUAUUAUCUGCCAUUUAAUGCAGUGCUUAAUACUGGAAUAAAACCGCUUUCAAAGACUGAAUGUGACAAAGGGAUUUAUUCUCAAAAGAGUGUUUUAACAAUCUCCUAACCCAAGCCAAGAGAGCAGAUUUAAGAAACGUGUUGAUCUGUGCUAGUUACUUGUAAAGUUGUUUGUCGGUAAAUAAACCUCAGCAACAAGCCAGUACAAUGGGCGGUGAAAAUUUUAUCACAUUGUGGAGUAGUUUAUGAAAUACAAAUUCAAUUCAAAAUUAUACUUAAUUUUUUUUUUUUCAUAUAUUCUGUGAUCUUAAAAUAUCUACUAAGCCAGUGUUUUUUAUUUUUGGUGUGAAAUGGGGAAAAAGAAAUCUCAGUAAAAUUGAGUUUUAAAUAAAAUCGUUUUGUAACUGAUAAUGUAUUUUUUCACUUUUCCAAAUUUACAUGAAAUGUGGAGUUCCUGGCUUAUUUUUACUGCAGCAAUCUGAGCCAUAUUCUGUAGAAAUCAUCAUCUAUAUAUUUUUUUUUUUUUAAGUUCACAUUCUUUUUGCAUUAGACAAUGAAAAGCAGUAUAUAUGUCCUAUUCAAUAUCCCUUGUACUCUUGGCUUUCUCUCAAGACUUUUAUGCCCUUUUAUUCCAGUUAUUCUCUUGUGUCCCGGUGGAUAAUUAUAUAGUGCUACGAGGUACACAUAGGCAAGAGAAAGGUGGAAACUAUAAAAUUAUUCACUAAAACAGACAUUGUGGAAAAUCUAGAAUUUACCAUGGGAUUGCUCCAAGUGCGCUGUAGUGGUUACUAGGGAUCGACUGAUAUUGAUUUUUUUUUUUUUUUUUAGAGCCGAUACCGAUAAUCUGUGAAUUUUCAGUCCGAUAGCUGAUAACUUACCGUGUGUGUGUAGUGGAUGCAGUGAGAGUAUUUGAUUAGUGAAUGCAGUGUGUGUGUGUGUGUGUGUAGUGGAUGCAGUGAGAGUAUUUGAUUAGUGAAUGCAGUGUGUGUGUGUGUGUAGUGGAUGCAGUGAGAGUAUUUGAUUAGUGAAUGCAGUGUAUGUUUGUGUAGUGGAUGCAGAGUGUGUGUUUGUGUAGUGUGUGUGUAUAGUGAAUGCAGUUUGUGUAGUGUGUGUAUAGUGAAUGCAGUGUGUGUUUGUGUAGUGUGUGUAUAGUGAAUGCAGCGUGUGUUUGUGUAGUGUGUGUAUAGUGAAUGCAGCGUGCGUGUGUUUUUUGUAGUGUGUGUAUAGUGGAUGCAGUGUGUGUGUGUGUGUGUGUGUGUGUGUGUGUGUUUGUGUAAUGUGUAUUUAAUGAAUGCAGAGUGUGUGUAUAGUGAAUGUAGUGUGUACAUAGUGUAUGUUUGUGUAGUGUGUGUGUAUAGUGAAUGCAGUGUGUGUGUUUGUGCCGUGAGUGUUUGUUUACUGUGUGUAUAUAUUGAAUGCAGAGUGUGUAAAAUGGGGAGAAGGUGGUAUUUUUAUUUUUUUUAACUUUAAAAAAAAAAAAAAAGAAUUUAAAUUUUGUAAAUUAUGUUUUAGUUCCUUCUUACCUGGCCAGGGAGGGGGAUAUGGCAUUCCCUGGUGGUCCAGUGGCAUGGACUGUACGGAGGGGGCCCAGCACACUCCUACUUUCCAUCCCAGCAGCUCCCAUCAGCUCCCCUGUCUAACUCUCGUGGCCUGUGUGCCGCGCUCUGUAUAACCCGUGGCAACGCUCUGAUGGCUGCGGGACUCGUGGGAGUUAGACAGAAGAGCUGAAGGGAGCUGCUGGGAUGGUAAGUAAGAGUGUGCUGGGCCCCCCAGGACCCUGAUAGCGGCCCUGGUCUGCAUUAUCGGCAAUAUCAGUAUCUUUAUUGGCCAAUGCCGAUAUUGCUGAAAAUACAGAAUAUCGGCCGAUAAUAUCGGCCAGACCGAUAAUCGGUCGAUCCCUAGUAGUUACAAUACAAGAAGUAGCCUGGGCCUGUUUUACAAGAGUUUGCCCUCGUACCUGGGUCCUUGCUGUGCUCCUGGUCUACUCUGUAGACAGUGAUGACUUCCACUUCUGCAGAAGCUGGAUGCCGAUGCUGUCACCAUUCAUUGGCUGAGAGUGUCAGCUGACCGCUGUAAACCAAUUUUGUCUGUAGGAAUAUGCACAGAAUUGAGAUUGGCCAGCCCAGAACUCUAGUCACGGACUGACUAAAGACACACCAAUGAAGGUGAAGUUACACCUCUGGCAGCAGAGAGGUUAAACUAGGUUUCACAACAGAAUGGUGCACAUAUAGACUCCAGGCACCAUGGCAACUUCAAAUCCCUGAAGUGGUUAUGGCGUUUGGAGUAACCCUUCAAGUCCAAAAUAACUUGGCUGGAAAUAUAGCUGCGCUAGAGAAACUUUUCAAUUCCGCUAUUUUAGUUUAGAGUUCUCUAAUGAAUUUCUGGUUUAGUGACUAACUUUGUCUGAGUGGCAUGUGCCCCCUUUACCUGGCAUAUAGGCGGUUACAUAACCUUCUUGGUGUGCAGUAGCCCAGGGGUGAAGCUAAUGGGAACUAUACUUACCUGAAGAUCACAGGCACCACCAUUUUCUUUCUUUAGCGCCCGGUGAUUCAUCAGCUUUUGGUGAAAUAACCUGGUUCCCAUUGUUUUGUCUAUGUCGAGGCACCUCUGCAGUUCAUGUUACAAUGAAAAUAAACCCAACAGAUAGAUGGGGGUUAGUUACAUUUAAAGGUACACUCCAAGCAAAACAAUUACUACAACCCGUUCGUUAUGGUGCCAGGAGUGCCCUUGAACUGUCCCACGGUAAGUAGUCACAUAGUUUUUCAAUGGUUUGACAACUUACAUGCGUCCCCCAGGUACCCAUGCUGCCUCUGGUCUUCUCUUGCAGUCUUUAUGGUGUUGGUAGUUUUUCUUUAGAGAAAUGGUAGGUAUAUUGUAUGACAUUCAGUUCAGAGUGAAUUGCUGUGAAUUUCAAUAUUUAGGAAAAAAAUAUUCUCCAGCUAUGAUGUUUUCAGUUUGACUAGUUUGGCUUAAAAUUCUAAAAUCAUUUCAGACAAUUUACACUUUAACGAAUGACCCAGAAAGACAUAAAGGUAACCCUCUUAACACCACAUGAAGUUGUUUCGGUGUGAGGAGGUCCCGUGGGAAGACUUUGGGAUUCAACAGCUCAUUAACGGUUUGACCCUUUGAGGUAAGCCAGUGACCAGGACCGCCUCACACCAUAACAACUUAAUUUCUUUAAAGUAACACUCCAAGCACCAUAAAUACUACUUUGAGCUUCGUAGACAUAUGACAGACAAUCAUAUACAGCAAAUAAUCCUAGCUUGUAGAAAAGAGAAACACCAGUGUAGGAAAAAGCACAAGAAGAUAUUAAGAGACAAUGUUAGCACCAAAACUACUGCUGCUUACUUUUUUCUACCAGAUUAUUAAAAUAGCGUAUCUCCUAAUAUCUAAAGCCUGGCCCCACUGCAGCCAUUCAAAUAAGGUAUCUUAUUUGAGACACUUUAUAUCCUCUAAGCGCUAUAGAUGGACUGUGAGCCAUGGGGGGUGGGUUUGUGGGUGGCAUUCCAUUCAGGGUUGCAUGGCUUUGUAUGGGAAAUGUUAUCUAGUAAAAGUGAAAUUUCCAUUGACAGGCAAGGGCCAGGCUUUGGGUAUAGGGGAAAUCACAGUUUUUGUCAAACCAGUCAAAAAGGUUUGACAGAAAAUGUGAUGGGCCGCACCCAAAUACUCAUUAAACAGUAUGCACCACAGUAAGCAGCAGUGAUUAUGGUACUUAAAAUGAAAAACAAAACUCUAGUAGUUAACGGUCAACUGUUUUUUACUUUUACUUUUAAUGAAAGUUGAAUUUUGUUGAAAACGAUGAUGUAUAUAUGAUGUGCAUGUCAUGAUUCCCUUUUAUUCCAGAAGUUUGGUUCUUAAGGGGUUAAAUGCAAUAAGCGUUUACAAAUAAGAAACAAACAUUUGAGAACAAUUACCAUAUAUGUGGCAAUACAUGCAUUAUCAAACCCUUGUAAAAGACUACUACAAAAUGUGGGAUACAUACUAGCACAGCAGGAUUCUAGGACAGGGAUCCAUUUUGAAGGUUAGGCCUAGACUUGGAAAUCUUGGACAUUUUUUAGGUAGAAACAAGAGAUCUCUGCCAUACCACACAACAUUUCAAAUGGACAAAAUAGGGACAUUUUCAUUUGUAAUUUCGAACAAGAACAAUGUAUCUUAUUUCCACAGACUGAUCUGUACACUUAUUUUUAUUCUUUUUAUUUAAAGACACAUUGCCGUGGAGCUCUGUUAUACACUCAGGCUCACCAACAAUAUGGAGUUCCUAGAAAAGAGGGACAGAGGGAUUUGGGAUGAAAAUAGGCACUGUAACUCCUAAAUAGGGGCACUUAGGUAGUAUGUUUUUAGUAUCUAGUCAGAGGUUGACUUAUGAAGGAGUCAGCACACAUCACAAAGGAAGCCAAUCGACGGCUAACCACAGGAGGUGAAGUAAUUGUCACUGAAUACAAUGUUAUGAUUACAUGUUAAAACCAAGGAGCGGUGUAACACUGUUGAAAAGGCCCUGAGACAAAAAGCACAAUUGGAAUGCCCACCACCCCGGGUGUGUUCUACGUUCUAUUUCAAAAUACCCUGCUCAGCUAGACGGCUUAGUUGUAAUUACUUCCCAAGUCAUUAUAAUGCUUGGAGACUAGCCGUUUUUUAAGUCCAAGGUAAAAGUUAUAGAUAAAACUUUAGAAACCAGUUUUAGAGAUUGAGAGUUUGAUAACCCCAGAAAAAAAAAAAAAAGGUUAAACCUGUUGUGACCAUCCAUCAAGCUAUUAUCUGUUUCUCAGCCUUUUACGGAGAAGUACCCCUGCAGGCCUAAAAAAACCCCCAAAAAACAACCUGCCAUGAGAAAGUAAUUUCUAUGGAUUUAAGUUCCAAAUAAAAAAGGCAUAGACAGCAGGGGAGGGCUGGCAGCCUUAGGCCUGGAAGGGGAAAAUACAGCCCAACACACACUCACACACACAAAAAAAAUAAAAUUGGGGGAAGAGGAGCUGUAGUGGGUAUGUUAUGGGGGCUGUGGUUAGGUAGGGAGAGCAUGGGGGGAGGACAGGAGCUGGGAGGGGAAGGCAGGAGCUGAGAGGGAGGGCACAGGGGCUGAGAAAGGGGAUCGGGCUGAGGAAAGGAAUAAUAAACCCCCCCAAAAACUAAAGUGUUUUCCCGUCUCCCUGAGUCUUACCUUAGGCCAGGGAGGGGUGGGCAGGAGCCGGCAGCCAGCAUACAGCAGUCAGUGUAGUCGUCCGGCAGUGGCGGCUCUAGACUUGGCGAGGCCUUAGGCGAAACUCAUACAUGAGGCCCCCACUAACACCAUUAUUGAAAAAAAAAUAGCAGUUGACUAUAAGAAGUGUGUGUGUAUAAGAAGCUGUAGGUAUAUUGAAGGGGGAGCCUGCAGCACUGGAUCUAGAGAGCUAGUCUCUGUAUACAUUGUUGCAUUGUCUACCUGAGUGUGCCUGAGAAUGUGUGUCUGGCAGUGAGUAUCUUUGUAUAUGUAUGUAUGUAUGUAUGUUUCUCUGAGCAUGUGUAUGUUUGUGUACUUCCUGUGGCCUUUGGCACUGAGUUUAUGGCAAAGCUAUGUUUUAUGACAGUGUGUAUAAUGAUUGCCUUCAGGGGGUGACAGGGUGAGUAAAGGGGUAACUGUGGCAGGGUGAGUGUAAAAGAGCAGGAGGGUGCCAGAGUGUUGAGGGUUGACAGUGUGUAUGAAGGGAGGUGCCAGAGUGUGGAGAGUGGUGCCUGUGUGUUUGGAGGGAGUAACAGUGUGUAUGGAGGGGGGGUGACAAUGUGCAUGGAAGGGGUGCCAGUGUGAGGGGGGUGACAGAGUGAAAGGGGGUGACCUACUGUGAGAGGGGAGAGUGACAGAGAGGGAGGAUGACAUUGUGUAAGUAGUUGACAGAGUGAGAGGGAGGUGACAGAAUAAGAGGUGGUGACGUAGUGUGAGGGGGUUACAGGGUAAUAAGGGGGUGACAUAGUGUUAGGGGGGUGACAGGUUGAGAGAGGGAUGACCGUGUGAGGUGGGGUGACAAGUUGAGAGGGGGGUGACAUAGUGUGUGGUUGAGUGACAGGGGGGUGACAGGGUGAGAGGGGGUGACAAAGUAAGAGGAGGUGAGAGGGGGGUGACAUAGUGUGUGGGGAGUGACAGGGCGGUGACAGGUUGAGAGUGGGGUGACAAAGUAAGAGGGGGUGAUGGGGUGACACAGUGAGAGAGGGGUGACAUAGUAUAAGUGGAGUAUUAGGGUGAGAGGGAGGGUUUGCCAGGGCUGUAGACUGAGGCUGGCUCUCCCCCAGCAAGCCACCAGGCCCCCUCCUGUGUUGGGUCCUUGGUCAGAGACCAAGACCCCCCCCCAACAGUUCAGACUGCCCGAUAGGCAAUAAUAAUUAGCUGUUAAAGGGGCACUUCAUCAUGCAAAAAUAUCUUUAUAUUUUUGUUUAAAAAAACAACCCAUAAAGCAUCUUGCAUCAGUUAGCACAAUCCACCUACCGCUUCUAUGAACUCGCUCACGAAAAAAAAAAAAAAAAAGCAAAAAAUUACUCAUGUGUAUGUGUGGGUGUACCAGUGCAAAUUCCAGUCAACCUGGUGUACGCACUCUUUUUGGGUGACAUGCCCCCUUUAAAGACAGGUGUAUAAAAUCAAGCACCCAGCCAUGCGUCUGUAUUUACAAAGAUAUGUAAAAAAAAAAAUGGGUCAUUCUGAAGAGCUCAGUGAAUCCAAGCAUGGUACUGUGACCUUUGUAAUAAGUCAGUUUGUGAAAUGUGAUCCCUGCUAUAUAUUCCAUGGUAAAAUGUGGUCAAAUGUGGUAUUAUUGGAAAGUGGUAGCGUUUAGGAACAGUAGCAACUUUGCCACAAAGCAGAAGACCAUUUAAAGUCACAGGGUGGGAUCACUGAGUGCUGAAUGCCAAGUGUCAGAUGGAGUGGUGUAAAGCAAGCCGCCACUGGAUUUUUGAGCAGUGGAAACGUGUUCUGUAGAUUGAUGAAUCACGCUUCUCUGUUUGGCAGUCUGAUGGGUGAGUCUGGGUUUGACUGAUGCCAGGAGAUGGUUAUCUGCCUGACUUCUUUGUGGCAAGUGGUGGAGGAGGGAUAAUGGUAUAGGGCUGUUUUUCAGGGGUUGGGCUAGGCCCCUUACUUCCAGUGAAAGCUAAUUUUAAUGCUUCAGCAUACCAAGACAUUUUGAUCAAUGCUAUACUUCCAUCUUUGUGGGAACAGUUUGCAGAAGGCCAUUUUCUAUUCCAACAUGAAUGUGCCACAGUGCACAAAGCAAGGUCCAUAAAGACAUGGUUGGAUGAGUUUGGUGUGGAAGAACUUGACUGGCCCUGUCUCUGUUUUUACAUGGCCAUUGCAGUUUGACCUAGUAUGGUAAAGUAAAAGUUUGUCCAUCCACAGCUACGGAAUAAUGUACCAACUUAGUAUGAUAUAGAAGUAUGUACUCCUGCUUUACCACACCAGCUUAGACUGGAAGUACCGAGGCCUCCCGAAAGAGACUGGUAGGUAUCAAACUUUUCUUGAACAGUCUGACAGUUCUUUUGUCACCAUAACAAUUUCAGUGUGCUGUAGUUCUUAUGGUGCUUUGUGUCUCAUUAAUAACAUAUUAGGUGAAGGGCUGAAGAGAGAAGGUUAGAGAUACUGUGCUUUACUCUCCCCAGACCCUCAAUUAGUGUAUGAGUAUGAAAAGUAUGCACACAUUUUGCAGUGAUACAUUUAGGGUUACUCAUUACUUUGGAAAUAACAGUUAAUUAAAAGUGAAUUUCUUUUUAAUUCACAAUAUUUUAUUAAUACAGUGCCGUAACUACUUAAGCUCAUUGUAGUGGUCAUGGCGCAAAGUGUCUUUACGUGGCAUUGGUGAUGUAAAUAACCAUACGUGUGAUAAGACCAUAUAUAAUUAUUUGCUAAGAUAUUGCGACCAUAGCAAUAUCUUUAAAAAAAAAUGCAAAUCGAAUUUAAAUUUAUUCCUGCAGUGGUGAGAUGGCAUUUUGUAAUUUUAGCUGAUUAGUCAAUCGUGUAUUCUGUGUAAAGAGUGAAGAUCGCAAUCUGGUAUGAUGGGAGUAACUGCAUAAUCAUGAUAAUGUAGGUGGUGAAAUGUCUUCAGACUUUCUCUUUGUCUCGUCCUGCUAAUACAUCGGCAUGUUUAAGCAUAAUGUGUUAGAACAGCUUUAGCUUGAAGUGCGAGCUUUCAGCUUUAAAAAGAAACCAAAAAUCUUCCCCGGGGACAAUCCAUUUGAGCCAUGAUGUCAUGCAGUAGAAGUUUGUUUAGAGCAUUGUUAACCAAAUUGUCGUUUCUACUUGAACAUGAGAAUGUGGUUAUUAUGACUGUGGUCCCUGAGGCACGGGGACUUUGACAUUCACUGUAUUUUACAUUUAUUGUUGUUCCCAGUUUGUAGGUCCCUGGCUUACUGCCUGAAAAAUAAUUUUAUUGCAAUGAUUAAUUAAUAUAUAUAUAUAUAUAUAUAUAUAUAUAUAUUAUUUUUUUAUUUUAUUAUUUAUAUAUAUAUUUUUUCUCAGUAUGACAUUGUAGAACCUUUUUGGGUGCUGCUUGAAUUGUACAAAUAUAGCAGAGGUUAGUUCAUUCACACUGAGGGAGUAUUUCCGUGGAACCCCAGGUAGAGAGACACAUUCUGUGUCAAGGUCUGUAUUUUAUUUUAGUAGUGUAUAGAAGUAGUCUGUUAGUACUUUUAGAUCUUAUUUAACCCAGUUAUCUCUAUCAUCAUAUUGUGCUUGUUAAUGUGUAGUUCAGUGAUUCCCAUCCCAGCCUUCGAGGCACACAAACAAGAUAAAAUAUCGGAAUUUUUGGGCUGGGUACCUGUGGAUCUCCCAAGGAAUUCCCACACUAAUGGGUGGCUAUUAAGCCAUACACCUCGCCAAUCAUGUAUACACUAUUAUAUGGAGGGGUUCAGGGAAGCAGUGUUUUAAGGGUGUUUUUAGUUCAGGUCUUCAGGAUCAAAGUGGAACAAUAUGGAAAACAAGAGGACAGGAAAUUGAAUAUAGUGCAGUAUUUCAAAAUGUAUCAGUAAAUUAAAUAAAAGAAAUGCACUUAAAUAUUUUAGGAUCUUUUAAUACCUCCAAAUAUAAUAUGCCAGGGUGGCACAAUCCCUGCAUGUGAAUAUGCUUGUUGUUCUUUUGUUCUCAACUUGUUAGCAAAUAAAUGUCCUUUUAUUACUAUUUUUUAUUAAUUUUAAGAGCACUAUAUUCUGUUUAAUUUUCAUUCCAUAACGGUGAAUUCUUGCUACUACACUACUGUGCAUCCAAGCUAGAGUCCCCUAAUGCCUGGACACAUGGGCCACUUCCAUAUACACCUGUGAGUAGAAGUCACGUACUGGCCAUAAAAGUUCUUCACCAAAAGACCAGGACAACAAGCAUAUCCACAGGCAGGGGGGUUGUACAGCCCAGGCGUACAUAUUUAGAGCUGACUAAAAGCUCCUAAAAUCUUUAAGUGCAUAUGUUUUAUAUAAUUCACCAAUAAUAUUGCACUACUGCACAAUAUUUGGUUUCCUGCCCUCGUUUUCCCUAUUGUUCCUCUUUAUCUUAAAUAGAUCCAUGCCCCCCAAUACAGUAUCAAUUUACGGCCAGAGAGAGUGUGAUUUGGGGAGUUCACGCGGCCUAUUUGAACUAAACAAGCGCUAGGAAUGUAUACACUACUCCCAGGGUAUUUUCCUAUAUCACGGAAUCUUCUGCACAAUUUUAACAAUUAUAAAUAUUUGUUUAUUUCAAAUUAAUUUAAUAUGUAGUUGCUGUGCUGACAGCCAGACUGAUGGCAGGUUAAUACGAUGUCUAUCCUCAACGUCUAAUACCAUGGGAGAUUUUUUUUGGGGGGGGGAAUAAAAUGUCUAUUAUGUUGGACGUUUUUCUUUAUUUGUGCGUUUGGUUUUGUUUUUAACCAGUCUUAUUUCGAUGCAUUUAGCCCUAUUCAUGCAAAAUGUAUUAAACAAUCUAGAACCCAGCCUACAGGAUUGAUUGUAAUUUGAGGAACUACCUAUUUGCUUUGAUGUAAUUCCUGGCAAAGUCCCCACGAAAGCUGCCUUUAUUCUAAGAUACUUUGCUAGAUAACACUGUUUGUCACCUGGGAGAUAUGAGGUUGCUUUCGAAGGAUGUGUAAUUUUAUGAAAACAUGAAUCAUCUAAUUCCCACAGAGGUUUAAUCCUACAGAAAUCCGCUGGCAGAACUAAGCACAAACAAGCAGCAUAUAAGUAAUGAGUGCACAUUCAAAUCAUCAACACGGCUCUGUUGUCUUAUAGCGUUUGUGUCGAUUGGGAACUUUUUAGGAUCCUCCGGGCAGAUGUCCCCCCGUUAAUGAAUUUUAUACUUUAUGCGUUAAAAAUAUACAAACAAAUAAUACGUUAAACAGAUAAAAUAGGCAUGCUCUUUUGAAGUUUCUGAAUUUGCAGCUUCUGACUAGGAAUUGGCUGUCAUCUUUAAGCCAAUAUUAGCAUGAAUAUUUAUAUUGGUUUUGGCUGGAGUGCAGAGAAUUUUGCAAAAACUACUGCUGGCCAGCAGAGAAUAAUGAGAUGUGAAUGAAUGUAAUUCAGUUCUACAGAAGUUGUAUUCAUGAGAAGACAUAAAUGAGGCUGCUGACUAAGCUAAUACGUUUCUAUCGGCUGCUGCAUAGUUCCAUUCAUGUGUUGUUUUUUUUAAUGAAUAGAGAUACACAGGCUAUAUGUGUGAGAGACUCUGGGAUAGGUAAAGAACUGGGCAAUCGUGCCCAGAGGCUACUGUUAGAAAAACCAUGACACUGUGCUGUACUGGUGAUGCAGCAAAAAGUGCACCUUUUGAUUUAUUAAUUAAGCUAUUAAAAAUACAAAAUUAUAUGGUGGUUGCUUAGGUGGGUUAUACAUACGGGAGAAAUCGUAAAGGACCACUCUGGACACCAUAACAACUUAGUCUCAAUUAAGUAUUUAUGGUUCUGGAGGUCCUACGCACCUUAUGGAAUUAAACUAUUUUCGCUGUUGAUGUGACCUGCCCUCCUGGACACUAUGCUUCCUCGUCCAGCCUCAGCUUCAAUGUGGAGGCCUUUUAGUAGGGAACUGGUCAGCAGAUAUUCUCAGAAUAUCUCUGGCCUGCCAUUUAGGAAAACAUUUUUUUUUUAAAUAGUACAUACCUUUCUAAAGGAUGUUCUCGGUGGAAUACCAGUAAUCUAGGACCUUUGAACUAUUAUACAUUGCUUGAGAUACACUCAGACUGGGCAUUUAUCAAAAACGACCCAAUUUCUGCACAUGUUCAGCUGCUUUCAGCAUCUUAUCCAGACAGCCGUCAUUCAUUAUCAGUGGAAGAAGGAGAUGGGAAAUGAUAGCACUGCAAUACUGUAGAGUGUAUGUUUAUCAAUCAUAGUGGAAAUUUGUAAGAUAACCAUUCCAAACAGAAAAUGAAUGGCAGUUGUUUACUUUUGCGGAGCCGAGUGCCCUUAUGGACAAGGUACUGCUGCAUCCAUCAGUCCAUGAAUUUCAAUUGUACAGCACUGUAGUAAUAAUUACAAAGAAUUAUUAUUUUGAUAUUGAUCAAAUUUGGGGCUUUGGGGGUGUAGAAGCUUUUGUUUGAGAACCCCUUCCUUGAACAAUAGCUGUUGCAUGAGUGAUGGCUGUGCUGUUAUAAGCAGGGUUUAUGCAACACACGAGCCACUGAAUUGUAAUGCGUGGCCUGUGAUAUUGCAAUGAGCAGUUCUUCCCAUAGAUAACACGUUAUCUCUAUCUGACCAUAUUUACUUUGCAAUAAGAAAAACAAUAUUGCUGAUAUAGAUGAGUUGUGUUUGAGCCACUGAUGGAGAAUUAAUAAGAUUAUUUAUUUAAGUUAGGUGCAACUAGAUAUAUAGACAUUUAACAGUCUUUUGAAAAUUUCUAUGACUCAUUCAAAGAGCAGAUCCUUUUAUAAACCUUUCUCAAUGCACCUGUAACCUCCUAAGGUUGCUACCUUGUGUAAACAUAAUUCUAGAAUGCAUGGGCCAGGGCUGACCGUAUAAUCCUAGAAUAGCCUUAUUAUCUCUGCGCUGUCACCUAGCUAUAGUCUGUUUAUUUAAGAACCAAUCCCAACACAAGUGAUUUGCUAAUUCUUGUUUGCCUAAAAGGGACGUCCUCGUUAAAGCCAUUCACAGGGCCAUCUUUAAAGGGAACUCUCACCAAAGCUACGUGGCACAGUUUGACUGGGUUAUUUACUAAAGUGACAAUUCAAAGUAAAUUUUUUUAAAUAGCCAAAGUGGGGAAAUGCUCUUAGUCGGUAGUGCUUUCAGUUCAGCUGUUUUGGCUUUAAAUUCACUUUGAAUUCCCACAUUACCAUGGAUUAUGCCUGUUAACAUUCGCAGUCAUUUAAAACACACCUGUGACCUGAUAUUUUCAGUACAAGCUGAUCUGCAGUAAGAGCCUCGACAUUAGCUUCUAGUUGUGUUUUUUUUUUUUUUUUAAUUACUUGAAAAUUUAGCAAUUUAUAUUAAUGUUUUUUUAAAUGCUGUUUCCUUAUUUACCUUUUUUUUUAUUAUUUAAAAUCAUGUUGAAAUAAGGACUACUUUAUGGUUAAAGCUCGCUGUCACUUUUUAGUAUUUUUCAAGACAGUAUCAAGACAGUAUCUAUGUGAAAAACUCUUAAAAGAACACUCUAGUGUGGAGUCCUCCAAUCGAAUCCUGUUGAUCUAUAUAAAAGCUAGUACUUACCUUACCGCUUCCCAUCAGCGAGAGGGUCUUGUUUCAGCUACAUCCCACCUCUGGGAGAUCAUUGGUAGCAUUUGCAACGCUUAUCAUGAAGAGGAACAGCUAUGAAGAAAAAAUUCACAUCUGCUUGUCCGAGGGCUGAUUUACUAGCCGGGAUGGUGACAUUUUAAGAUCUUUAUAAAAGUUUUGAUUUAUCAUGAAAUCAGCACUUUAAUCAAGUAAGACAGAAGAUAUGCUGUAUUAACCCCUAAAGUACUUUAUGGCUUGGACUAUGUGACUAUGUUUUUCUGGCUGGGGAGAUCUACGAAAUGAGCGCGGGGCGCUUACUGCCUCGGGCCCUCGAUCCAUGACUGAUCUGCCCGAGUGGUAAGGACGACCCUGAAUGGUGCUGAGGGCUGGUAAAUGCACCUCCAUUAAAAAAAAGCUGACUUUCUGAUUACAGAAUAAGACACAUUAAUCUCUGGAUACUAUGUUAUAAUACUACCAGAUGGCAUACCUUCCAGUAGUCCUGGAUUUGGCAGUUCAGUCCUGAGUUUGUCUCCCUGCACUGCUGUAUAAAUCAGUGCAUCAUUAGACACAAUCUGAGCUCAUGGCAUUCUGUCUGUGCAUGGGUUAAACUGAUUGGGGCUUGCCAACACAGUGUUUCUCUUAUUCGCAGCUAUUCUGGCUUGCAUUGAGACGCACAGAAUCAUACCAGUGUUGUAAAAUAUAAAAUAAUCCACAGAUCUUCAUCAGCAAAACUGUGGCUCACUGGCUGUGACCCACUGGCUGUCUGCCUAUCAUUUUUAAAAUGGAAUCUAUAGUGUCAGAAAAACAAAGUUGAAGGAAGGGUGCUAUAGUGCCACCCUCCCUUCCCGUGAUACCGACGGGAUUAAAAACCACUUCUGUCACUUACCUGGGCCCAAUGCUGAUGUCCAUUGGCGCAGUUUGGACUCCGCCUCCGCUCCUACCUUGUGACAUCAGUCGGCAGGGGAGACCUAAUGUGCGUGCGCUGCAAUAACCUAGCUCGCAUUAGGACUUCCCACAUAGGAACAAUGCUUUCCUAUGGGGUUUCAGGUGAUGCUGGUUUAGAAAGCCACUAGAGGUGGAGUUAACCUGUAUAGUAAUUAUUGCAUAGAAAUAUAGAAUGUGACAGCAGAUAAGAACCAUUCGGCCCAUCUAGUCUGCACAAUUUUCUAAAUACUUUCAUUAGUCCCUGGCCCAGUGGCGUACACAUGACCCAUGGGGCCCGGUGCGAAAAUUGAUCCGUGGCCCCCCCCGCGCGCUUACUCUGCGCGGGUCAGGGCGCAACACAUGGCGGCGGGCACCUGGUCGCAGGGGUUGCAGGGCUGCGACCCCGCGACCGCGGUAUGCACACACACUUAAAGGACCACUGCAGACACCCAGAUCACAUCAGCUCAAUGAAGUGGUCUGGGUGCCAGGUCCCUCUAGUUUUAACCCUGCAGCUGAAAACAUAGCUGUUUCAGAGAAAUGGCUAUGUUUCACUGAGGGUUAAUCCAGCCUCUGGUGGCUGUCUCAUUGACAGCCACUAGAGGAGCUUCCGCGAUUCUCACUGUGAAAAUCACAGUGAGAAGACACUGAACAUCCAUAGGAAAGCAUUGAGUAAUGCUUUCCUAUGGGCAGUUUAAAUGCGCGCGCGCCUCUUGCCGCGCAUGUGCAUUCGGAGCUGAGAGGCGGAGGGAUCCCCAGCGCCAAGCGAGUCCAGCGCUGGAGAAAGGUAAAUGCUGAAGACACACACACACACAAGCUAACAGACACACACAUUUACUGACAGAGACACACUCAGCGACAGACAUACAUACACACACACUCACUUACAAAACAUACACUUUCACUGACAAACACACACUGUCUAACAGACAUCAAACACACUCAGUAACAGACACUCACUGACACUCACUAGCAGACACACACCCAAUAACAGACUCUAACACACUAACACACACACACUAACACACAAACACACUAACACACACACACAUUUUUUUUUAAAUUUAAUCCCCCAGCCUCCUUACCUUUUGGAGAGCUGAGGGGAUUCCCUGGGGUCCAGUGGUGCUGCUGGUCUGCUGGGCGGGCUGUCUGGGUGGCCGGUGCGUGCUUCCUCUUCCCUGGCUGAGUGCUUCCUCUUCAGUUCCCUCGCGCGCCGGAAGAUGACGUCAUCUUCCGGUUCCGGUAUCAGUGGGGUGCGCGAGGGAGCUGAAGAGGAAGCACUCAGCCAGGGAGAGUGCUCCCUCGUGCGCCGGCCACCCAGACAGCCCGCCCGCCGGGGUCAGCAGGGCCAGCCUCGGAGGGCCCUGAGGUGGCCGCCUCCUGGGCCCCCUAGAAGAAGAGGCUGGCCCUGUGGGUACAUACCGGGUCGCAGGGGCGGCCGGGCCCCCUGGUGGGCCGGGCCGGUCGCAGCCGCGACCCCUGCGACCCUGGUAUGUACGCCACUGCCCUGGCCUUAUCUUAUAGUUAGGAUAGCCUUAUGCAUAUCCCACGCAUGCUUAAACUCCUUUACUGUGUUAACCUCCACCACUUCAGCUGGAAGGCUAUUCCAUGCAUCCACUACCCUCUCAAUAAAGUAAUACUUCCAGAUAUUAUUUUUAAACCUUUGCCCUUCUAAUUUAAGACUAUGUCCUCUUGUUGUGGUAGUUUUUCUUCUUUUAAAUAUACUCUCCUCCUUUACUGUUUUUUUUUGCCUUUUAUGUAUUUAAAUGUUUCUAUCAUAUCCCCCCUGUCUCGUCUUUCCUCCAAGCUAUACAUGUUAAGUUCCUUUAAGUUUAGAAGCCCUUCUCUGAACUCUCUCUAAAGUAUCAAUAUCCUUCUGGAGAUACGGUCUCCAAUACUGUGUACAAUACUCCAAGUGAGCUCUCACCAGUGUUCUGUACAAUGGCAUGAGCACUUCUCUCUUUCUACUGCUAAUACCUCUCCCUAUACAACCAAGUAUUCUGCUUGCAGUUUCUUAAUUACUAUUGCAGGGAUAAAGGACCUGGGAAUAGGCGCCCAGACCACUUCAGUGAGCUGAUGUGGUUUGGGUGCCUAUAGUGUCCCUUUAUUAAAUGAAAAUAAUGUGUUGCAGAACGCAGAACCAUAAAUCUGCCUUCUUAGCCACGCCCCCUUAUUUCAGAAAAAGACUUCCUUAUCGGUGUAUGUACACUACCCAGCCACUGACUCUGCUUAGACUGCUAGAAGCAAAGCAGACUACAUUAGAAGGAGAUAACACCCAGGCAGAUGUAAGGCAUAAUAAGCAUAUCACUACAUGUCUCUUAGCAAUAAGGAGGCAUGGCUAUGAUGCAAGACAUUUUUUAUUUUUUUUUGCAAAAACAGAGAUUUGCACAUAUUUCAGUUGUUGGUCCUUAAAGUGUCUGUUUUAGUAUUUCGUUGAAAAGUUAAUUUGAGAAAGUCUGCAUUUUACACAUUAACACGACUUCCGGAGUAUGCAGAAGAUUUAAUUCAGUGUCAAGGACCUGUGUUUUUUUUGGUGACUAAAAAUAUAUCCUUAUUCACUUUCUCCAUGCAAAUAAACUUCCCUUUUAUGAACGUAAUAAUUAUUCCCCAGACCGCAUGCAAAGUACAUAACAGCCUGAUGAAAAGGAGCAGUACACAAAGCAAAUCUCAUUUUCAUAUUCUUUGACGUAGUAAACUGCAUGAACAUACAGCUCCGUGCCUUGCAUGAGAAUUUACCUCCUCCCAACCCCCUCUGUUUUACUUUCCUUCAUUUGUUGGGUUACAAUAUGGAAUUAUAAAGCAGAUACAAAAAUAUAAGUCGAGGUCCUUUGUGCGGAAACAGUCUUUUUGAUAAAACUUAAAAUGGCUGCAACUAUCAAUAUAUUAACAUGAAGCAUACUUAAAAAAGAGAAUACAUGCAAGAAAUAAUGUAUGUAAAAAAAAUACAAUGGUAAAGUAGUACUUUAACCCCUGAAGGACACAUGACAUGUGUGACAUGUCAUGAUUCCUUUUUAUUCCAGAAGUUUGGUCCUUAAGGGGUUAAAGGCUUACUCCACGCACCACGACCACUUUAGAGAUUUGAAGUGGUCAUGGUGCCUGGAGUCUGUACGUGUAGUGUUUCACUAUGAAACACUGUACAUACAGAGUUUAUUUCUUUGAAGUUUGAAGGGUCAAGGACCAGGAUAGGAAGGGUUAUUUUAACCAAAACCACCCCAGAACUGACAAUAGGGAAGUGUAGAAUUGGACAGCAAAAUUAAAUAAAAUUCUCACUACUUUUCGUUCUCAUUUUGUUUUUGGUUUCUUCUAUAAGCCUUCUGGAAAUAUUUGUACAUAGUCUAAUAUAUCAAUUUCUCCUAUAACUUUCUUGUCGCCUGUUAUUCAUAAAGACCAUCAAUGUGUAGCAUUUGAUUGUCAGUAGACCAAAAUAACUUUUCUCCCACUACAAGUAGGGAUUCCAUUAGCUUCUUUUAAGUUAGCAUUGACCUACUGGUUGCUUCUCUGACGAGUGCCCUCUUCAUGUGGUCCCUGAAUUUUGGUGUAUGGGUCUCCUCUCACUUAUGUUAGAACUUUAUCUUGGACUUAUUUUAGGGUGGACACAUACAAUGUAUGCUAUCAAGACCCAUCAUAGUCUAUGUGUAAAUCUCUUUGUUAAAAUAUCUUUGCUACUUUCCAAUUGUUUGUCAAAAGUUUGUUGACAUUAAAAUCUUUAUUAAAUCUGUUUUUAAUUCUAAUUUGAUGCCCAAUAAAUGAGGAAUUAUUUAAAGGAACGCUAUAGCGUUAGGAAAAGAAACAUGUAUUCCUAAUGCUACUUGUACUCCACCCCCUUGCCCAUGAGUUAUUGAAGCUAAGUUUCAUUUGUCUCUCCCCCUCCCCUCACCGUGGUGUUUUCACCACGGUUGCUCCGCUUCCCUUAAUGAGAUCAUCAAUCCAAUGCUUCCACCCAUCCAUGGUAUAGCAAAUUGCCAUGCUACGCCAAGCACAUGCUGCUUUGGGAGGAGAGCACCUCUAGUUUAUGUGCCUUCCAAACCACUUUAUUGAGGUCUGAGUCCUUUAAAAUGUGCCUGUCCUGCUUAUGCAAGACAUAAAAUGUCUAGUAAUGGUGACUAGUAAUACAUAAAAUGUUAUCAUAGGGGACAGUGUGGGGAUGUAGGAACUGCAGGUGCUGAUAUAACUAGACUUUUUUUUUUAUAAUAAAGUUUUUGUACACAAUGAUUGUAUCUGUAACAUUAAGAUUUCAACAUCAACAGAAAAAAGUGUUAUAAUUUUUUUCUAAUACAUUGUAAUUACCGUUAUGGUUAAAAUUUGCGUCUCCCAUCUGUUUAUACAUACUUUUAAAAAACUUUUCGUUGAUAGUUAUACAUCUUAUUGGUCGAACAUGUGAACGUCUAAUAUUCUUUAAUUACUUUGUUUAUUUGUGGUUACUUCUCCCAAAUCUCUUUCUGUCCCUCCCAAGUAGUGUGACCAUGGCUUCCAUAGUUGGACGAAGGUUAAGUAGUUAACUGUUAUCUGUUUAAUAUUUUCUACCCUGUUAGCCCAUUCCCUAUCCGAGGGUUUUUUUUUUUUGUCUGUUUCCAGUAAACUGGAAUGAGGUGAUUUGCUGUCAUCAGCAGUUGGGAUGUCAGAUAGUUUUCUUUUUUGUUUAGGUUGUGGAAGGGCAACAUGAAUAAGAUAAAUUCAGGUGAGAAGGAUAACUGUUUAUGCAUAAUGGUCUGUAUGAGUUUAUGUAUGCGAAUCCAGCAUUUUUUUAUUUCAGGGCAUUGCCACCAAAUGUGUGUCGGAUUCGCCUCCCCCUGCCCACAUCUCCGACAAACAUUUUGUGUUCCUGGGAACAUUUGACUAAUUCUAGAAGGAGUAUAAUGCCACCGGGUCAGCCGUUUAUAAUUGCUUUCUUGGUUGGUGACUAGACUUUUUGGUGUUAUUUGAAUUGCUAUUGCCUAUAAUAUGUUGCGACUCGUUGAGUAGCCAUUCUAUUAAUAAAUUCACAAGUGAUUACAAACUCUUAAAACAAUCUUUUAAUAACGUUUUUCUUUUCUCCCUUUAUAGAGCUGGAUUCCACGGCUUUUUAAAAAGAAAACAUGUACCACUUUUAUAGAAGACACUUCUCGUGGCAGGUGAGGGGUUAAACAAACACUAAGCAACUUUCUACGGUUGGCAUCAAUCAUCUUAUAGUUCCUGGUUUAUUGUAUACCUUUCAGUUAGUUUCUUGCAUGGUUUGUAAAACUCCUUGGUUACUAAAUCCACUCUUAGAGUGCCUGUGAUUAUGUUCAGUACUAAGUAUAUGCGUCUACAAUUUAACUGUAGGCUUACCAAUAAAAUACAUUUUAAAACGUAAAAAUAAAUUAUUAGAUUGAAAAAUAAAAUGGGUUUCUAGCCUCAUUUAGGCACUCAGCGGGCUUUACGUGGGCUGUGGGCCAUCAGUUGGGCAGAACUUUGCUAGAUGGAAGAGUUGCAACCAAUUGCUAGUUCCACCAUUGAAGUUAUCAUCUCAUCGAGACAAGACUUUUCCAACAUUGCAUGUUUGCCAAUUAGUGUCUCAGUCAUUUCAAAAGAUCCCUCUAAUUAAAUUUCUUGAAAAUCUACCCUGAAGAGCAUCAUUAAGGCACGAAGUUGAGAACCUUUCUAUGUAAUCUGGAGCUGUAAACCUAUAGCUAUAACUUCAUGAUAAUUGCUGACUUACGUGUAUGUUAAAAAUGGUUUAGAAACUCAAUAUCUAUUUCAUCCUUUGUUAUAGGCACGCAACUGUCUCUAACAAAAUCUCUAAAAGGAUUAAUGAAAGUUCAGAGUAGGGAUAUGUGCCACACUACAUUUAGAAGGGCUUGUAAAAUGAUGUCACAACCCCUGUGCUUAGGUCAUCACACUUAUAUCAUGUCCUGCCAAUGCAUAAGUGCUUUCUAGGCAUGGUUUUGGCACGUGGCACUGCGAGACCUGGACCGACCUUUUGUUUUCAUAACAAAAUUUUUUACCAAUUUUAGAUAUUGUGUCUAAUGAGAGCAACCCCAAACCUUCCUGCCUGUGCCACUGAUUAUAAGUGCAUUGUCCGCACUCCAGAUUUGUAAUGCCAUAAUUUAGAGAUGUGCUGUUAAUGACCUAGUGAAAUAAAUCAUCAAAAUAUAAUAAUUAUUUAAAAUUACAACAAUGAGUAUUUUACUCAAUCGGGAUUAUUCAACAAAGUGGAGCCCCAUGUAGCCGAAGCGCAGCUUAGCGAAAAAAGGUCCUUGACAGGGGUUAGGAGGCGGGCUUAGGAGGAAGCGGCUAGGACUGGUGGGUUGUGGGAAAAGGGGUUUGACUAUUUAAAUUGGUAGCCAUUUUAGAAUGAGCACUUUUAAUCUCCUACCUGGUGGAGUUUGUCCCACCCACCCUCCCUAAGAUUUGGUUUUAAAUGGGGGUUAUCCCGUUUUAUCACAGCGGUGGGAUAGGGAGCUGAGGAAGAGGAAAUAGGCUUCCCAUGAAGAACGUGAUGAACAUGGAAAAUUGUGGUCACUAGUGGUUGGUAGGUUUCGAGUCCUGGAGGUGGCUCAAAACCUGGUGGGGUAGGGGUAUCUGGGUAUACCCCUGCUCUGGUUACUUAUGGUUGGCACUUAAAUUUGUUCAUGUUGGAGUAAGGUUGAAAAUUGUUAUAUAUAUAUAUAUAUAUAUGUGUGUGUUAGUUAUGUUGGAGUCAUUGCUUUUUAUAUUAAAAAAAGGAUACGGAUGCGAGGGUGAGUAUGGGGGCAAUGACCCAUGUUUAUAUGUUAAAUUAUUAUCAUUAUUAUGAUUGGUAUUAUCAUUAUUAUAUUUGUUUAAUAAAAACUGUGGACAAUAUGACCCAUAUACCCUAGUGUCAAUGUGUUAUUGGGAUAGGUAUGUGGGGGGUUUUUGUCCAAGGUUCCGACUGCCCAUAUGGCGACUAUACACCAGUCAUGUGAAUUGUUUGUUAUUCGAAAUAAAUUCACAGAGAAUUUCAAAUGUCAGUUCAAAAUGGGCCAGCGGAAAAUAAAAUUAUAUUUUAUUGUGGCUUAAAAUUUUAAAUCACAUUUGAAUUUGCUUUGAAUUUCCAACCAUUAGCACUCUAUUGAAAAAAAAAAAACUGAAAGGAUUUUUGGCACCAGAGGUUCUCUUCAAAGUUAGAAAUGUUUUAAAUCUAUUUAUUGUUACUAGUUCUUUCUUAAUGAUGUCCAUGUUAUAAUACGCAGCACCGCACAACUGUGCCAGUGUGGCAACCCCAAGCAAAACCAUGUUUCCGUCGCAAUGGAAGAUAAUUUCGGGGCAGCCAUCGUCAGCAAAUGGAACUCAGCAGAACAUACUACAGAGGAGCCCACGGAUGCCUAUGGAGAUAUCGAGUUUGUCGGGGCUGGGAAGAAACACAGUAAGGUAAGAUGAUAGAUUUAUCAUAUAGAUUUAUAAGGCUAACAAAUAAUAACACUUUUGUUUUGUCACACCUAUUGUGAGUUCUUCAAUGCAAAAUCUAAGUCCGUUGAGUAAAUGAUAAUGAACAAAACCUACGAUGACUAUCCCUUCUGUUUACAAAUGUACGUGUUAAUUUUCCAUUUAAUUACAUAAAUACAAGUAUUUACAUAGAGUGAAAUCACAUUAUAUAAAUAGACUAUUUUAAUAUGCAAUGCAACAUGUACAGUCUGUAAGGUCACGUUACUGAACCAAUUAAUAAAAGAGGCAAAUUAAGAUGGGAAGAUAAUUAUGAAGAACAGAGCAGACGUCCCAACAUGCAAAAGCUAAUUUCAGGGAGUUAGCUUCACCAGCAACUGCACAUCCCGUACGCGCACCCCCAAUACAUACUCGGAUACACACUGACAUACAGAUAUACACACACACACUCAAACACACACAGAUACACAGACUGGUAUAUGCACACACUUAGAUACACUCACUGGCACAUACACACACUUAGAAACAUAUAGAUACUCACAUUGGCACAUACACACUCACUCAGAUACACACUGACAUACAGAUACACAGACUGGUAUAUACACACACUUAGAUAUACACACACUUAGAUACAUAUAGAUACACUCACUGGCACAUACACACACUCAGAUACACAUUGACACACUCAGAUACACACACUCAGAUACACACUGACAUACAGAUACACACACACACACACACACACACACAAACUCACAAACAUACAGAUAUAUACACUGGUACAUACACACAUUUAGAUACACUGACUGGUACAUACAAACACUUAGAUACAUACAGAUACACACACUGGCACACACUCACAUACAGUGUCUUGGCUGAAGCUGAUGGGUGUGAGCAUAUAGCUGCUUCCCCACAGCCUUUCCUUGCCUCCAUGCUGCCUGUGUGCUCCAGCCUCCUCCUCCCUCUUGCUGGCUGUCUUCUUAGCUGGGACGAAGUGACAGGCUGUUUAUCACUUUCUUCCAGCCAGCAGAUACUGCAGGGGCCUGGUCAGGCUCUUAACGGGCCGGGCAACCGACCGGGCCAUUGUUUAGAAGUAAAAUUCAUUGAGUGGGUAAUUUUAAUAUAUGCUAAAUGCCAUUUAAUUUAUUAAGGGUAUUUAGCAUAUAUAAUAGCCUGGAAAUCACACACAAUCUGAUAUAUAGAGUAUGCCAGAUUGUGUGUUAUUUCCAGGACAUUGUAUGAGACAUGAGGGUGUCAGGGAGACACACUACACAUAAGGGAGUCUCCUGGAGACUUGGGAUGUCUGACAAAGGGUCAGAUAGAGAGAAAAAGAUGGCCUGCACUGCGCAAUAGGAGGACAGACAAACGGCCGGCAGUUAUCAACAUAUUCUGGCCAUGGAGUCCAGACCGACUUAAAAGGUCUAAUCAUAACCACCAGGUUGUAAAUGUAAAAGGCUACCCUACAGUCUAGUAAGUUAGGAUUAGAAUGUCAGGUAACAUUAUGGGAUCUUUCCGAUGCCUUUUAGAAGAGUUAAAAUGUUAAUGAGUUUCAGGGUCAUGUAGGAAGUUUACAGCCGGGCAGUCAGAUGUGAUAAAGGGACCAAAUGCAUUAUCUGCACAGAACAAAGCAGACUUUGGUUUCCUGGGGAUAUUGCAACAAAUGUUUAAAAGUCUGAUUUUUAGCAGUAGACUUUCAUCUGCAGAAUUUUCUAAAACACGGACGUUGGUGUAAUUGUACGAUGCACCAGCAUCAGAUAAAGUAAAGAAAAAAAAAAAAGUUUAUACCAGUCGGUGUAGUUUACCAGAACUUGAGCCGAUGCAAACGUAAGAAUGGUGCGCAGAGAGAUAGCUCGCAGGAACAAAAAUACAAGAUCAGUUUCUCAGGACAAGUUUGUAUAUUGUGAUGGACAGAAAGCAGUAAGUACAGAAUAUGAUUAAUGCUCAUGAUUACAAAUUAAUAACAAAACAAAACUAAAGCGACUAUAUAUAUAUAGGUUAUUCCUUUUCGUGUGUUUUUAACAGAAUGCCACUAUAUUCAGCUCUGGAAGAAUGCAGCCUCAGGGCAGUAAAAUGAAUGGCACAUUUCCUGCUUCAGCUUUGUAAGAGGUGACCUGGGGUUCUCUAGGCUGCAAUGUUGCUUUUGGCCUCAUCUCAAUUAAUGUAAAUCUGUAUCUGCUAAAACAACUAAACUAAAAUAUAUCCAAAUUGGAAAAUUUCUCCACCUGUAUUUAAGAUUUUCUAAAAUUUUGAAUUCACAUUUAAUUUACUUUCAGUUUCUGACAAUUCACAUUUAAGAAUUAUUGGUAUUUUAAAUUAUACUCCUACCAGAUGUGCAGAAAGUUUUGUAACUGCUGUCUUGAUUAGAACAUGAGAGCGAUAUGUAUCCCAUGUAUCACAGUGAAAACACCAAAGAAACCGUUCGUAAGGCUUGCUUAAAGGGAAACUAUAGGCUAGGAAUACAACAUUGUAUUCCUAGCACUAUGGUGCCCCCUUCGCUCAGACGCUCCCCCUGCAGCACAGAAGGGAUAAAAAUACCUUCUGUCGCUUACCUGAAUCUAGUGCCGAAGUCCCCCGGAGCAUGGUGAGGCCGAACUUGGGGACUUAAUGCUCAUGCGCUGUGAUAGCCGCAAUCGCAUUAGGACAACCACAAAGGAAGGCAUUGAACUAAUGCUGGAUGUCCAGAAGCUGCCUAGCGACCAGGGAGUGCCUCUUGUGGCUGUCUGGUAGACAGCCACUAGUAGUUGAGUUAACCCUGCAAUAAUUACAAUUGCAGGGUUUAAUGAGCUGAAGUGGUCUGGGUGCCCAUAGUGUCCCUUUAAGUGUAAGUAACAAACUGAAUACUAUGUAUAAGUGAUGAGCUGGUAUGUUUAGGAAGGAAAUCCCCAAAAUUAAAGCAGAAUGACAAAAUAUCUGUCUGUGGCUAUUUCUCAAUAUAUGUGACAUUGGUAUAAUACAAUGAAUAAUUGGUAUUUAAAAGGGGAUAGCAAGGAACUAUACACCCUUAUUUGAGGUCAAUGAUCCCCUGGCUGCUCACCUUCACGUUUUAUUUUGCAACACUUUACACUGAACAAUAAUGGCACCUUGUUACUCAGUAUGGAGUCCCUUUGUACUGAAUUUAAACUUAAAGGACCACUAUAGGCACCCAGACCACUUCAGCUUAAUCUGGGUGUCAGGUCCAGAUAGGUUUAACCCUGCCUGCUGUAAACAUAGCAGUUUCAGAGAAACUGCUAUGUUUACUUAUGGGUUAAUCCAGCCUCUAGUGGCUGUCUCAUUGACAGCCGCUAGAGGCGCUUCCUAUGCUUUCCUAGAGACAGGCUGAAUGCGCGCGUGGCUCUUGCCGUGCAUGCGCAUUCAGCCAGGGACAUCAGAAGAGGGAGGAGAGUCCCAGCACCGAGGGAGCCCGGCGCUGGAAAAAAGGUAAGGGAUUAACUCCUUCCUCCCCCCUCAGCGCCACGGUAGUCGGACCCUGAGGGUGGGGGCACCCUCAGGGCACUAUAGUGCCAGGAAAACGAGUAUGUUUUCCUGGCACUAUAGUGGUCCUUUAAAAAGCACAACCGUUGAUGCUUUAACCUUCUGUUUAUCUUAGUAAAACAAUCCCUUUAGCUAUGACUUUUCUUGUAGCCUUUAUUGGUUUUGGCUGAUAUUUUAAUCAUUACAUAUAUUUUUUUGGCUUUUAUUUCUGCACUCCUUGGAUUGCGAGGCUCAUUGUCGUUUCAUAAUUGUCCUGAACUCCAAAUUGUGGCCAAGUUUCCAGUAUUUAACUCCUUAGAUAAGAACAUUAAUUCCACUUGAUUUUUUUUUUUUUUUUUAAACACUUCUUUGGAACAGCAAAUACAUUGUUCUUGUAAAUAUUAAUCUAUAUUGUAUUAUGGAAAUAACACUGUAUCGAAUACAUAGUGAGAGCGUGCUUGUGUUUUUUUUCACUUUGUAAGUGAAACAAUAUUCUAUUCAGUAAUCAUCAUAAAACGGUUCCUGUAGGCACUUCAUAUGAACUGUUUAAUAAUUGUCAAUAAAUUAAGUUAACCCACCCAUAAUUCUUCAGAAGGCACAAUACCUGUAGUUUGUGUUUUUGUUUUUAAAAACAUUCAGUUCGGCAAUUUCAACAAUCAAAAGUUCAGCAAUUUCUCACAAUGUAGGUAUUUUAAGUACCGUAUUUUUCCGUGUAUAAGACACCCCCAUGUAUAAGAUGACCCCUAUUUGUUCAACCCAAAAUGAAGAAAUACAUAUUUUAAACAUCUAUAGCACUUUAGUCCAGUUUGGCUGAUCAGUAUCCCCCACCAGUCCUGAUCCAUCUCACACUCCGGUAGGCCGAUACCCGAGGUCCGGACAUUGGUUCCCUAGACCCCCAUUCUGCUGUUGGCGGCAACAAUGCCCUCUGCCCACAAUACCCUACGGGGGAUGUCCGGGCAAGGCCUUAUACUGCGGCGUCUAUCUGUAGUCCGGAGCCAUGAGGUCUUGGCAUAGUCCAGAGUGAUGUGAGGAAACAUGCGGUUGCGCAAGAUCUCCCAGACUCGCACACAGAAAAUCGAUCAAUUUCAUAGAGAAGCGGCUCCUCCGCUUCAAGUAUGUCAGCAGGCCGCAGCGGUGUACAACACAGCCUAUGCCCGCAGGAACCUGGCAAUAGAGAACCCAAUAUUUCGCUAAGUGUUCUGUCAGGGAGUAGCCAGGUUUUGUGCCCAAAUUGUGCUCAGUAAGUACCUUAAGUAUUUGGCUUAAUAAUUAGAUUUUUGGAAAGAGCUUCAGCCAAAUGCGACUAGCUUGGUUGGCUGCCAGGCCUCGCGCACAAGUGUUUUUUGUUUUUUUUAACCCCUGCAUUGGCAUUCCGUGUACAAGAUUACCCCCAAUUUUAGACUAAAAAAAAUUAGAAAAAAAAACAGUCUUAUACAUGGAAAAAUACAGUAAUUUUUCUUUCCUUUGCAAUGGCUUUUCUUCCUUCUAUCUCUCCUCUUUCGUUAAAGGAGCAAUAUAGGGUCAGGAACACUAACAUGUAUUCCUGACCCUAUAGGGUUGAAACUGCCAUUUAUCCCCCCUGUCCCACUCAUGCCUCCCCCUAAAUAGUAAAAUCUUACUUGUAUUCAAGUCUAGAGUUGCAGGCUUUGUCCCUGUUUCCUGUAGACAUGCCCGCUGACAUUAGCAGAAGUGGUAGCCUGAUCCAAUCACAAUGCUUCCCCAUAGGAUUGGCUGAGACUGACAAGGGGGCAGAUCAGGGGCAGAGCCAGCACAUUUCAAACACAGACGUGGCCAAUCAGCAUCUCCUCACAGAGAUGAAUCGAAUCAAUGAAUCUCUAUAAGGAAAGUUCAGUGUCUGCAUGCAGAGGGUGGAGACACUGAUAGUUUGGAUGCAUUUUAGGCAGCCAUGACCCAGGAAGGAUCUCUAGCAGCCAUCUGAGGAGUGGCCAGUGAAGUUAUCACUAGGCUGUAAUGUAAACACUGCAUUUUCUCUGAAAAGACAGUGUUUACAGCAAAAAGCCUGAAGGUAAUGAUUCUACUCACCAGAACAAAUUCAAUAAGCUGUAAUUGUUCUGGUGACUAUAGUGUCCCUUUAAGGUAUUUCAUAGCCACCUUCUGUUAAAAAUAGCAUUGUAACUAUCUUGUUGUUGUGCCUAUGGCCAGGGCCGGAUUAACAUAGGGGCUGAUGGAGCUGCAGCUCCAGGCCCAGGCCCAGGCCCAUGGAAUAGGCCCAUUGAUUUAAAAAAAAGUAUACACACUAUCUACUACACUACUACUUAUGGUUUCCACCUGGCUUGUAUUUUAUUGGCACAGCCAGUAUUUGAGGCUGCCUGGCCAAUGCUGAUAUUCUGUAAUUAGGCCCAUCCUAAUUGUCAGCACCAGGCCCACUGGGCUGUUAUUCUGGCCCUGCCUAUGGCAUCUACGAUGAAUAAGAAAAUCUCAGGCACUCACUGCGAUUGCUUCCAGGCAGAUUUAUUGCAACGUUUCGACCUGUUAAGGACUUUAUCAGCUUAUCAAGCUGAUAAAGACCUUAACAGGUUGAAAGGUUGCCACAAAUCUGCCUAGAAGCAAUCGCAGUGAGUGCCUGAGAUUUUCUUAUUCAUCGUAGAUGCCAUAGGCAGGGCCAGAUUAACAGCCUAGUGGGCCUGGUGCUGACAAUUAGGAUGGGCCUAAUUACAGAAUCUUAUCGACCAAAAACACUCCCAAGCGUCAUGUAUAUGAUUUAUCAAGCUGAUAAAGACCUUAACAGGUCGAAACGUUGCAAUAAAUCUGCCUGGAAGCAAUCGCAGUGAGUGCCUGAGAUUUUCUUAUUCAUAUAUAUUUCUUGAGAUUUGCUGACCCAUGCUCAGUAGCACCCUGGGUUGAAACAUUGUGGCCGAGUGCGACCCUACUCCUUUUUUUCUAUAUGGCAUCUACGAUGUCUGAUAAUAAAAAACUUUUUUUUUUUUUUUUUAAAAGACGUUCAAGUACGGUGUUUCUCAAGUUAUGUUAUCAUCAAAGUGGUUAAAAAUAUCAAAAAAUAUUUCUGUGAAUUGUCAGAUAAACUAGUUAAAUAAGUUUAAGCCAAGGGGCUGGCUGCACUCACCUGAACCUAAAUGGGGUGCUGCUGGGGGCCAAUAAGUACAGUGAAAAUGAAAAUCCAGCGCCCUCCCUUAUCUACUAAACAGCUACUUUGGUGCACUGCUGACAGAUUUUGCUAGUUUUAUUAAAAAUACCUAAUCUAAACCUAAACUUAAAUAAGUUUAAGCCAUCACGAUACAGUAGAAAAAUUUCAAAGAGUACCUGUCACAUGAAAGACUCUGACUUUUUUUUUAGCCCAGCACUAAAAAGAAGCAUUUAAUUGUGGUAUUAUGUAUAUUUUUUUAAAAUUAAAUUUAAGUUAAAGUUUGCCACAAAGUAAUAAAUAAUUUAGAAAUGUAUGCUCAUGCCAUGUAAUUUGUCACAUGCUUGUAAGUUUGUCCCUUCAGGCAAAUCUGUGGUGGGAGUUCAUUGGGGACCCAGUAAAGUGAGCAACUGAGCACAUUAUAUAAUUGUUGGCACUAUAUAAAUAAUAACAUAAUAAUUAAAAGUGAAAUGCAGACUUGAGUGUCAUGAAGGCCAUAUUCUCAUGUCAGGUGCCUGACGGGGCAGAAAUCUCAGGUACCCUUACCUGCCCCCACUCAGACAACCCCCGACUCUGCCUACUUGCAAAACUGGUCCUGAACUUGUGAACAUGCUAGCUUUAUUAUCCCAUUCAAACUAUUGACAAUGUAUAUUUAAGUUGGUUGGAUAUGUGGCUCAACCAGGGAUAGGCAACCUACAUCUCCUUCGAUGCUUUGCCAACAUUAUGGCUGUAAGAGCGUUAUGGGGCAUGUAGUCCAUAACAUAUAGACUGCCGAAGGUUGCCUAUCUCUGCAACCAACUUCAGUUCCCUGCUGGAAUGAGAUGCAUAUUUGUCGGUGAAACAAAAGCCAAACAGGGAAAAAAAUAUUCAUUUGUAGCUUUAAGAGGUAUCCAUCAUUGUUGUUCUAGCUACAAAAUCUGUAAUUUCCGAUCGUCCGGAAAGGGCAGCAUGGUGAAAUAUAACGUUGUUUAGGAAGCACUUACUGUUCUGGUGCUAAUGUUGCUUUGAAUGCUGUUUAUAUUUUUAGCUCUUAAAAAAGAGUAAUCUUGAACAUUGUGACGUAUUGAUCCAUUAUGCACAUCUGGUAGAAUGUUUAUUUUUUUCUUUAUAUUUUUGCACUAGUAAUGCUCAGUAACCUCUCUGAUAAAUUUAGCAUUUUGAGAAUGAAACAUUUUAGAAAAAAAAUGUUUAGUCAAGUUAUGAGGGUUAAAAUUCAAAUUUAAGGUCAAAAUAGCACAAAUAAACUCAAAACAAUUCUCAAAAGUCAGCUAUACUUUUAUUUCAGCUUUUCUGCCUUCAGUUUGAAAUUCACAUUGAAUGUGUAAUGUCUUACAAGCAUUGUUGGAGAUCCACAUUUUCAGCCCCUCCCGUUCCUUUUUUUGUAAUGUGUUUAUUAUCAUGUUUUAUCAUACUCUUCAAAUAACAAAUCAUUAAACCAUAUACUGAUUAUUGUAAAACAAACACUUUGCUACCUACAUUCAAUAAAUAACUCGCUUCCCUCCUCCGUUAGAUGCUCACCCAGUCUCCACUCGUUCAAAAAAUCGUUAAAAACCCACUUCUUCAUAAAAGCGUAUCAAUUAAACUGUUAAUAGCUCCUGACUGAUUCCUCUUCUGCAACUGUCACUAGUCUAAUACUAUACUUACCUUUUUUGUGUCAUUUUACCCCACUCCCUCUAGCAUGUAAGCUCAUUGAGCAGAGCCCUCAACCCCUCUGUUCCUGUGUGUCCAACUUGUCUGGUUACAACUACGUCUGUUCGUCCACCCAUUGUAAAGCGCUGCGGAAUUUGACGGCGCUCAAUAAAUAUAAUAAUAAUAAUAAUAAUAACUACAAUAAAUGCACAUUCUGCUACAAUAACAAAGUGUUUACGUUUCAGUAGCCGCUACUUUCCUCAACCCUUUCCUAUGAAAAACCAGAAGGCAAAUUGCUGUCUAUCACAGCUCAUGUCUUUACAGUUUUCACUUGUUUGAAUAUAGGCCCUGAUUGGCCACCACACUGUUGACUUUAAUUUAGCAUUCACAUUUUAGACUUGUCCACCAUGAGUUUACUCCAGAACAGGUUUCUUCAAACUCUGUCCCUCCAGAUGUUGCUGAACUACUGCCCCACGAUUCUCUGGCUAUCUAUUUCAUUCAAAGAAUUAUGCAAGUUUUUGUUUCAUCAACAUCUGGAGGGCCAGAUUUUGGAGAACCCUGCUUUAGAAGACAGGAUGAAGCACAGAAUCGGCAUGAAAGUGAAUGCUUCAGCAUAGUUCAUCUCAAAUCUCCUGUGAGAUUCCCAGCUUCUGUACCCAGAUAAGGUGUCGAUUUAAAAGUCUUGGAUAAGCUUCUCAAAUGAUUUAAUAUUGUAAAAUACACUCUUUAAAAUGAUUUAAUAUCUUGGAAAAAGUUUUUAUAUUUUUUUUAUAUACAAUAUUUUUUAAAUAUAUAUUCAUAUUUUUAUUUUAUUCUUUUUAAAUAAAAAUCAUUUACAAUAUUAAAUAAUUUGAAAAUCUUAUCCAAUAAUUUUAAAUUGAGGUCUAAGUUACAGACCGUGGCAAAAAAAUUGAAAAUGCUGGCUGUUUGUUUACAAAAAGAAAAAAAACAACAAAACAUCCCAUUACAUUAUUUAUAUUUCACUCUAUAUUAUUAUAUAUGAUCCUUUAUUGUCUGCAUGAAUGCCUAUUGUACUUAGUGUGAUAUUGCCUUUUUACUCGCUACAUUUGUUCUAUCUUCUAUUCUGCAAUGAAUUGGAAAUACCAAUCUGUUCUGUGUAAAAAUACUGUGUGUUGGCGUUGACAAUCCCUUAAUAGAUGAUCCUCGUAGAUGAUGAACGUUGAAAAGGUUUUCUAAUUUACUGCUAUUUAUUAUUUCAGUUUAUCCGCCUCUCCAAUGAGACCGACCCAGCUGUUGUGUACAACCUGAUUACUCUUCACUGGAAGAUCCCACCACCAAACCUGGUUGUGUCUGUUGUGGGAGGUGAUGGAGACUUUAAGAUGAAAACCUGGUUGAAAGACAUCCUGAGAAAGGGACUGGUCAAAGCAGCACAGAGCACAGGUCAGAGCUCAAAGAUCUAGAAUCAAAAAUGGUAAUGGUAGAAUAUAAAGGUCAACAAUUCGGAAAAAUAACCUAAAACCGAUAGUUUCCAAUGUUUAUUCCAGAGUGCUUUGUUGUUCUAGAAUAGACUCCUGGUCCAUCGUUAAAGAACGAUUUAAACUAUAUAGUAAAAAGGCUAAAUUAAAUGCCACCCGGUUAUGAGUUUUAAGAAAUAUUUAAUUCACAUUUAUGUUAGGGACAUCAAGAAAUGCAGUUUUAUUUUUCAUCUUUGUGUAUCCAGUAUCUAUGGACAUUUGUGAGCUUUUCAACAAUCCUAGUGUUGAUCUCCCAAAUAUUUGAAAUUAAUUAUCUAUAAUCCUUGGAUUUGACCCAAGGCCAGAUCUGCUGUGAGGUUCUGUAAAAGCCCAAGGUAGUAACCUGAAUAACAAAUGAAUACCCAGCUUAUCAUUCAAGGAGUGGACUCUGCAUACCCAUGGCCAUAUCUUGAGAAAUGUUUUGGUGCCAUACCAACUAUGCUAUGUUAAAAGGCUUCUGGAGUCCUUAGUAGUACUUAACUAUACCAUGAACAAGCACACUAUGCAGACUUGAACUUAGGAAAGAUAUGUUUACUGCUUCUGAAUAGAUUUGCAUUGUCCAGAAGACUGACAUGGGUUUGUGGAGAAAUGCAAAUCGAACCUCAACACAUGAUUGACUGUGUUACCUGUUGAUCACUGAUGUGUUCCUUCUGCGUUCAGAGCCGACUUCUAAUUGGCUCUAUAAAGUGUGAGUUUCCCAUUUGGGAUAGGUCCAGACUAAUUACUCUGCAUACAACAGUAUGGCAUGUUCUCUUAUGUUUAUAUUAUUGGCAGUAUCUGUUCUUGCUUAUUUUAUGAACAUAUAAUUUUAUUUGGUAACUAUACCCACAGUGUGCACUAUCACCAUUUUUAUUUACUUUCAAUUUUUUUUUUUUUUAAAUCAGACAAGUAUUGUGUUGUGUUCGGAAAAGUUAUGUAUACUGCCUGUGAAUAGAUUUGCAUUGGUCAGAAGACUGUCAUGAGUUUGUGGAGAAAUGCAAAUCGAGCCUCAGUGCACGAUUACAAACUGUGUUACCUAAUAUAGCGACUGAGAAUGUAUUCAUCUGAGAAAGGAAACAUUAACGCUUUGUCUGAUUGGGUGCACAACUUACAAAUUCUUGAUUGCUUUCUUCCUUGAGUCUAGAAGGAUCGGACAGGUUUUAAACCUUUAUUGAGUUGUCCUCUAGGUCUAAAUAAUGUACAUUGCUGUGAUCUGUUAUUCUCAUGCAAUCCACAUAUUGCUGUGAAUUUUAAUCCUGGACAACUCUUUCAUAAAUUGUUACAUGUCUUCAAUUAAUGCGGCGUGCAUGCAUCUGGAACUCUGCCAUGACAACAAAACACUAUGCAUCUUAAAGUGCAUUUUCUUGCAUUGAAAAUCUGGAAAAAAUAGGGAAAUGGUUGAAUGAAACGGAGUGGGAAAGAGAGAUUAAGGAUUAAAUAUACUUAAAUUGCAACAGGUGUUUGGGCAGCACCAAUUAGGUGCCUCUGAUUCUACCUUAUGGGUGGCUGUUUUUUUUAUCCCAUGGACUCCAGUCAUGCAGUUUAACUGAGGACAUAGAUUAUAUCUUGGGCUUGCUGCAGAGACAGAGAGGGUGAAAUAUCUGUCAAAAUGAAUCAAGUGUGCGGCCUAAUUCCCUAACUCCGAGCAGAAAUAUGCCCAAAUUAUGAACCACCUGAAACAUUCAAUGCCUAAUGUUUUCCAUUUGGCUCAUGAUUCUGGAUUCGGCCUGUAGCACCAAAAAUACGGUUAAUUGAUGAGGACAAAAGACAAUUUAUGGUUAAGGGAUAAGCAAUAAAUGUUUAUUUUAUUCACAAUUCAAGAAGUGACUAAUCGAGGGGAAAAUUGUAGGAGCAGUAAAAAAAACAACUAUAUUUAUAAAUUUAAUAAACAUAUAGUACAUAAAUCUAGGUGGGUUUUUUUUUUGUUUUUGGUUUUUUUUUUUAGGAACUUUUCCCUCUAUUGUUUACUUUUACCACUUGAUCUGUAGACCAAAUGGCUGGACAAUGCUCCCAUCAGUGUGCUGCAAAACAUAUACAUUGUAUUAUAUUAUGUACAUAUUUCGCAACACACUAAUUGUCUCAUUUUCACGCCUUUUUUGUUCUUAGUAUUCGGUUCCUGAACCAGAAUUUCCGUUCCACUUACAGGGAAAAGGUUGAAUUUUCUCGCUACGCACAAACCAUUAGAGAAUAUUUUUAUCACUUGUCAAAAAGAAUUUGAAGCUUCCCUUAGAGGUAUACACUCUACUUACCCUUGCCACCUUGUAGGUCAUGCCAUACCUGCUAUACCGUAUUAAAAAAAACCUUUCUUUACAAAAAGACCACCACCUACAUUUCAGUAGAUGCCAACUGUCAGUAACCUAGCUGGUCAUACCCAUGGUAAUUACAUUUGGAGAACCUCUUUUCAAUUUUGUUGUAGUAAUGCCAUCUUUAAUGCCCUCUCUCCCUCUGUUAAUUUUGGAAUGUUUUUCUGGCCUCUGUUUUCUGUUUUUUUUCCCUCUCAUUGUGAACCACUCUUGUUGUGUCUAAUGGUCUGAUUAGAAGGUUUUUUUAUUUUUAAUUCCCAAAUUUUACGUGAAUAAUCUUUCUCACAUCUAUUAUGUUUGCAAAAAAAAGCUAUUGGAAAUAACAGGGCUAUAACGUUUGUUAAUAUUGUUUGGAUCUGGCAGCUUGUCAUCUCUUACAUUUGUUUUGCGGUAGUUGAGACUUUGGGCAGUUCUUUUGCAUUGCUUUGGGGUGAGAAGGUUUCAUCCACGUAGCGGAAUGUUCAUUCUUAAUCCUUCACAGUAGCAGAGUUGGGGACUGGUCAUGUAUUUUACUUUUACACCCGACCGCAAUUUGUGAGCUUAUAAUUAAGAGCUUUUCAGAUUCUUAAGUGUCCUUCCUAUAUCCUGUUUAGUCCUUUUGCCUGAGGUCUACAAUUUUACAGUGUAAUAUUUUAGUAUUUUUAAAGUCUCUUUUUUUAUGAAAACAAAUCUGCUUUAUUCCACUAUGUCUUCUGUUUGACCAUUAUUAGUAAGUUCUAGUCCAUGUCAUUGUUUAAACGUUUAGCUCCGUUUAUUAAGCUCCCACUUCUGCCCACAUUGGUUAGUUAAGAUGUGCAAUCACAACUGUCUCUGACUUAUUAGAACAUUCUGUAACGUUAGUUAACCUUGCAAGUUAACCUGGAGUACUUAUUGAGUGGAUGUUGGUCUAAGCUCCCGGCUUCCUGAUUAAAGAACCACUAUAGUGCCAGGAAAACAUACUUGUUUUCUUGGCACUAUAGUGCCCUGAGGGUGCCCCCACCCUCAGGGUCCCCCUCCCGCCCGGCUCUGGGGAGAGGAAGGGGUUAAAAUCUUACCUCUUUCUCCAGCGCCGGACGGGGAGCUCUCCUCCUCCUCUCCACCUCCAUAGCGACAUCAUUGACUGAAUGCGCAUGUGCGGCAGGAGCCGCACGCGCUUUCAGCCAGUUCAUAGGAAAGCAUUUACAAUGCUUUCCUAUGGACGCUGGCGUCUUCUCACUGUGAUUUUCACAGUGAGAAGCACGCAAGCGCCUCUAGCGGCUGUCAAGAGACAGCCGCUAGAGGCUGGAUUAACCAUAUAAUAAACAUAGCAGUUUCUCUGAAACUGCUAUGUUUAUUAAAAAAGGGUUAAUCCUAGAAGGACCUGGCACCCAGACCACUUCAUUAAGCUGAAGUGGUCUGGGUGCCUACAGUGGUCUUUUAAUAGUUAUAACUUUUUUAAGUAACGUGAUAUUAUUAGAUGUCCUCAAGUAGUAUAUAUUAGCCAAAUAAAAACCAUGUGCUCAUACUGAGCUUCUGUACAAAACUCAACAAACCUUGAUGCUUGAUGUUAUUAAGGUCUAUCUAGAAAGCAUAAUAAUAGAUUUCCUUUUAUUUCUGUUCUUCCUAGGUGCCUGGAUCAUGACCGGUGGAAUGCAGGUUGGCAUUGGGAAAUAUGUGGGUGAGGCUGUGAGAGAUCAUGCCACUGCUAACUUUAACUCACGGACCAAAGUUGUUGCAAUGGGCAUUGCACCCUGGGGCAUUGUGCAUAACCGUCAGAGCCUGGUCAAUCCUAAGGUAUGAUCAGGGCUGGAUUUGUAUUCCUAACACUAUAUUUUACCUAAUGAUAAUGUUAGAAGUGGUUAGGGUAAAGGGGAUGGGAGGUGAGAGUUUAAGGUUGGCGAGUGGUUAAUGUCAGAGUUAUAUUACAUAUGGUGUUUGGUGUUAAGAAGAUUAGCAGUUUGGAAGAGGUCAAACUUGUAGUAUAAAGGCUAUUUAGGAUUAUUGAGUUUAGACUUGGGUGAAUUUAGAAUUGGGGUACAUGAGAUGUUUCGUUUUUAAGAGGAGUUAAACAAUAUUUUGUGUCUGGUGUCUCUUGUGACUGUAAUAAUCUGCUCAAAAGAGAUGUAUGAAUGGAAAAACUAGCAGAAUUUUUUUCUGAGUGAUUAAACUCAUUGACACAUAUGCCAUGCUAUAGAGGGUAAAAGUACAUUGCUCCCCUAGUAAUUAAUUAAAUGUGUUUUUUUUAUUUUAUUUUAAUUUUUUAAUUUUAAACAGGGAUCUUCUCCAGCAAUGUAUUAUAUGGAGGCUUUGGAUGGGGCUACUUAUUCGUUGGACAACAAUUACUCUGUCUACCUACUGGCGGAUGAUGGAACGAACGAGCAACUUGGAGGAGAAACAAGCUUUCGAUUUAGGCUGGAGGAACAUAUCUCAAGGCAGAAAACUGGAGCGGGAGGUGGGUUGGGUUUGUCUGCUUAAAAAAAAAAAAAAUCCUUUUUAGUUUAAAAAAAAAAAAAUAUUAGGGAUUUAUUGUACAAAUUGUUUACUGAACAAGAAAAAUAUAUUAUAGGAAAGGGUCUUUUUGAACCCAGCCUGUUUAGCUUAAGAAAAUCGCAGGACUUCUUGGGUUUUAAUGUUUAAGUUUUGAAUGCCGUCUUGCAACCACAGAAUGUUAAAUGUGUUGCUAGUCAGUAUUUUUUUAAAUGGAACAAAUCCAUCCAAAGGCUGUGCCUCAGCCCCGAAUUACUGUACUUUAUAUAGUAUACGUUGUCAUUUUUAUAUGUUUUUGAGCAUCAGUUUAACCUUUAGAUUAAUGCUUUGCAAAAUGGUUUUGAACCCCUGGCAGUUUACAACUGCUACAUAUUGUUACUAAAUGAUACAGACCAAAAAAGCGUAUUUAAAAAAAAAAAAAAAAAUCCAAAUUUUUAUAUAUUAUGUACCCAAACCGUGACUAAACUCAACAAAUGCCCAUUAUAAAAAUUAAAAAAAAAAAUACUAUAUAUAACUAGGGACAUGGGCAUUGAACUGUUAGUAAUAAAAGUUUGUUUCCCAAUGCUGUAGUGUUCCGUUAAUUAUUAUGUUUGCAAUAUGUCUAUAAAAAUACAUAAGUUAAUUAAAGGACCACUAUAGUGCCCUGAGGGUGCCCCCACCCUCAGGGUCCCACUCCCGCCGGGCUGUAGGGGGAGGAAGGGGUUAACCUCUUUCUCCAGCACCGGGUGGGGAGCUCUCCUCCUCCUCUCCUCCCUCUUCUUCCGUCACCGGCUGAAUGCUUUCCUAUGGAUGCUGCCGUCUUCUCACUGUGAAAAUCAGUGAUAAGCGCGGAAGCCCUCUAGCGGCUGUCAAUGAGACAGCCACUAGAGGCUGGAUUAACCCUAGUGUAAACAUAGCAGUUUCUCUGAAACUGCUAUGUUUAUAGAAAAAAGGGUUAAUCUUAGCUGGACCUGACACCCAGAUCCCUUCAUUAAGCUGAAGUGGUCUGGGUGCCUAUAGUGGGCCUUUAAAGAAAGACGGUCUGUAGUCUAGGUAAAUACACACUGUUUCUGCAAAACAGCGAUAGUUUAUCUCAAAUGAUAAAGGUUACAGGACCAUUGUGCCCCGACCACUUCACUGAGAUAAAAUGGCCCUGACUUUAGUGGUCCUUCAAUAUUCAUUUUUUAUCUCUGUUUCUUGCCCCUUCCUAGUAAAAGCUGUUUACAGUAAAUAAUCUCCUUGACCGAAGCCAGUGGCUCUGUUCCUCAGCUUCCUAUUAAUGGAUAAUGUUUUUGUAUGAGCUGUUUCCUGGAAUUCCAUUGUCAUUCUACGCAUGAUCUCAUAUGACAAAAUGACUAGUUAGACAGGAAUGAGUGUACGACAGGAAUGGGUGACACUGGUUGUUUUGUCUAUUGUAAGCUUUAUUUAUGCUGGCUUUUAAAUUUAAAGUAGAAAUAAACUAACUGAGUGGUUAACUGGGCAAUUUAUGUAAGUGAGAAUUGUCGAGAAUUCAAAGGGAAAACAGAUGACCUGGAGAAUGUCUCCUGGUUUUGACCUAAAAUUUGAAAUUUAUGAUUUAGUGACUAACCCUGCAUACAAUAGAAAUGUAUCAUUUAAUAAUAGAUUGAAAUGCAUUAUUUAAUAAUAAUACAAUAUUUGACAUCCAUUAAAAGGCUACUAUAGGCACCCAAACUACUUUGUCUCAAUGAAGUGGUCUGGGUGAUGUGCCCCUGUCAUUAUAACAUUGGCAUUUAGUAGAUACGGCAGUGUUUUCAUUGAAGGGUUAAGCACACUUCAAGUGGCUGGUUUUAUGACAAUUACUGGAGACUCUUCCCCUGUGAGAACUGAGUCUGACUCUGUUUCCAAUCGAAAAGUGCUCAUAGAGAGCGUUUGAUUGGCACAGCUCAGUUAUUGGACACGUAUGUGAACAAGCUUCCUGACGCUUCGUUAUCGUGUAGCAUUGAAUUACCUGAGAUCAGCAAUCUUGAUUAUCUCAGCCAGUGAGGCAGGGCAGGAGCAAGGAGGCUGGCGCGGCGGAUAGCGAAUGGUAAAUAAAUCACCUCUUUUUUAUUGCAAAGAAGGGGGCAGAAAACGUAAUAGUGCAUGUUUGUAUUCCUAACGCUAUAGUGUUUAUUUAAGUAGAACAUGUUUUUACAUAAGAAAGACAAGGUAGGAGAGCACCCUCUAUUUAAAAGCUGUUAUACCUCUAUCAUAGUUCCAUAUACACACCUAACUAGGUUUCAUUAUCCUGGCCAUAUCACUUGAUAAUUAUACUCCACAUCAUGCUUAGUGCACUCAAUGCACCCCAGAAUUUUUUUUUCGCAAGAGAGUAAACUACAACUUUUGCUGCCACAACAGCGAAUACAAAAACUUAAGUGCACUUAUAGUACAACAGUUACAUGGCAUUCAGAUAAACGGCACAAUUUUUUUUGGUGCAGUUUAAACAGGCUAGGCUCAGGAAACAGCACAGGUUUUUAAAGCAAUAAUAAUGGAGUAAAUUAGCUGGACAGGGAGUAUGGUUUUGUGAUGUACACUUUGUACUUGUUGUGAAUGAAAAUGUAAAAUAUGGAUUGGCUCAUUGAAUACAGAAUGUUGUUAAGGUUUAAAUGGUUUCCUUGCAGGCAAAGGAAGCAUUGAAAUUCCUGUCCUGUGCAUGGUGAUAGCUGGGGAAUCCAAGAUGCUGGAGGUAAGACUACAAGAUAAAAUCACGCAGAAUGAUGCAUUGUGGGUGAAUAUACUUUUCUAAGAGGAGAGGUAGCAGAGGAUAGCAGCUGGUUAUGGUAAGCUAGAACGUACACAAAAACAAAGAAAAGGCUGCGCCAAGAGGAAUAAAUUAAUAUUAUGCAAAUAAAAUUAUUAUAUGUGAUUACAGAAUGUAAUAUAAAAGAGUCCCAAUUAAAAAUGUUGUCUCAACUGGUGUAGUGUCUUCUCUGUUAAGAGUCGUCCAUCUCACGAUAUGAAAGACACAAUGGGAAAGAACCAGUCGUGCAGAGUGUAUAGAUAACUAAUCGUGAAAUUAAAAUAUAAAUUUCACACUCACAUUUCCAUGAGCUAAGACCAGCUCUAGUAUGAUGGGCAUACAGCGGAUAACCCUCCGCUUAUGGGUGUGCUUGUCCUCCUGGAGAGUGCUGGUGUCCAAUUCUCAAAUGAAAAGAAAUAAAAACAGCCAAUAAUGCUCUCUGGUGAGGUAGUUAGCAAAAGAGUUAAAAUAAAUAAAAUAUACUCACAAGUAGAGUGCAGGCCUUUCUGCACUCUAUUACUCGCGUGGGUGGUAUGAUCCCCACCUUAGGAUAUGCCAGGAACGGUAAAUAAGGAUAAAAUAGUAUAAAAGGGUAAUAUAUGUAAAAUGAUUUAUUAAUACAAUAUAUUAAAACCAAUAACGCGUUUCGCCUUUAUGGCUUUAUCAAAUUGGAACGUUUAGAACAUGUCUGAUAAUGCACAGUUUAGUUAUUUUCUGUUUUGGGCCCUAAUCUUGAGCAGAACUAGAACAGCCAUGUUUCUGUGCUGCCUGGUAUUAGUGAGAGUUAUGUAACUGAGCAGCAGUUGCCUUCGUUUAAUUUGUGGCAGGUGAAAUAGGUGCCACGCAGAGCUGCAAAGCACACAAAACGCAGGCAGCACUGGGACAUGUAUCCAACGUUCCAGAGACAUUUAUAAACCAAUUACUGUACUGUUACCAAUUACAGUAAUGUUAAACUAACACAGCCAUUUGUUUAAGGUGGUACCCCCUUUCCCUUUGAUAAAUUAUUAACUUAUAUAAGAUGCCCCCGGCGGCAACCAGAGCACCAGUGGCAAUUUCACCAUUGGGGGACUUUGUGAGUUCUGCUAAGUUCCCAGACGGUGACAGUGCCACUUUAAGAAAUACUCUAUGUGUAAAGAGAACUCAUGGAACAUAGUGACUAGUAAACCUUGUAAUAAAAAUAUUUUUAAAGAAACUGUUAAAGCCGUGACCGUUCUUGGCAUGUGAAUUGGUGCUGUAUGUUUCCAGAGAGUAUACAAAGCCACAAGAUGUCCCAUUCCCUGCCUGCUGGUAGCUGGAACGGGUGGAGUAGCUGACCUCUUGGCCGAAAUCCUAGAUGAAUCCUUGACUAUGGAGUCUGCUCGAGGCUUAAUAGAGCAGAAACUGAAACACCAUUUUCCUGGAGAAGAUUUGCGGAAGAUGGUUGACAUGGUCAGUUCUACGAUAAUUUCAUCACAAUGUUAUUUUGUUUAUUAUUAUUAUUAUUGCUUUGUGUAAAGUAGUAGAUCACUGUAUCUGCAUCGAUGUUACAGAAGAUCCAGUUUCUGUGUCGCCAGCAUUCUAGCAAUCCAUUAUAUAAAAUCUCCAUGUAUAUCCCCCAUGAAUUCUAAAUUCCUGUCCCUCAACCUGCAAACAUGUGUUAAGAGGCACAGCUGUGAAUAAUCCUCAAAGAUUCUAAAGAUUAAUCACUAAAAUUAAUAGCCAGUCGAAAGCCAAGAAAGUCAAACUGAACACAAAAUUGUCUUGGAGAAAUUUUCUAAAUGACCAUUUUGGCCUAAACUCACUUAACCAUAUUUACAUUUACUGUGUAUUCCCAACAAUAUGUAUUUACUGGAAGCAACAGUUGUGUGCACGCUGUAAAUGGUCCUUUCUACCUCUGUGUUCUAGUGGUUUAUUUAGAACUGAAUGAAUUUGAUAAUAGUUCAUAGUGUGACCAUAUCCCUUUAAUUCUUAGUUUACUAAACAUCGAGAGCUAUGUAUUAAUAUCGCAGAGGGUCAUCAUUUGUCUUGUUUGCAGGGCCGGUGCAAGGAUUUUUGCAUUUAUUUCUGACAUAUAGAAGUUAAAUCACUUUGUUUAUACAGCCCUAGUAACACCUCCCUGCAAUAUGACUUACUGCUAAAGUUCAAUUUACAGGGCCGGAGAUACAAAAUUCUAAAGCAAGUUAACAUCUGAUUGAAAAAUGAAACCAUUUUUUUCAUGCAGGCUGUGUCAGUCACAGUCAGGGAAGGUGUGGCUAGAGUUGCAUAGACAGAAGCAAACAUGAUUUAACUCCUAAAUGGCAGUGAAUUGAGUAGUGAGACUGCAGGAGCAUGCUCUAUACACCAAAACUGCUUCUUUAAGUUAGUCUUUUUGAUGUCUAUAGUAUCCCUUUAAUCCUGAUGAUAACCUCUAAAUCACUGGAUACAACACAUUUGUUACUAUUAAUAAGUAAAUUCUGAAAGUAUUAAAAUAAAUUCAGAAAGGAUUAGAGAGAUUAUGUUGCAGCACGCACAUUAGUUGGCUGCUUGGAAAGUAAUUAAUUACUAUCACUUGUACUGAAAAUAUUAUUUAUAUGUAACACUACAAACACUCUUUUCAGGUGGAGAAAAUUGUGGAGAAUCGAGAUUUGGUCACUGUGUAUUCAAACACCGAUGGAACCGAGGACUUUGAGACUGUAAUUUUGAAAGCCCUGGUAAAAGGUAUGUCUAUAAUCAAAUGUAGGUUUAUAAUAACCCAAAUACAGCAAUAACUCACUGGAUUGUGUAUGCAGAAGAGAUAAUAUUUUUUCUUUUCACUACAUAUUAGCAUGCAAGAAGCAGUCGAGCGAUGCCACUGAAUACCUUGAUGAACUUAAAUUGGCUGUGGCCUGGAAUCGCGAGGAUAUUGCCAAAACAGAGCUGUUUCAUGGUGAAAUCCUCUGGCGGGUGAGACAACAUUAUGUUUAUUAAACUUUAUGUGCAAACAACUAUAUUUAUUUACUUGUUUUUUUUAUUGCACUUUGGAAAAAUUUAUAAAUGAUAAAAAUAGUAUUUUUCAAGCAAAAUUUCAUUUGUAGAAUAUAUACAUAUCACAUAUGCAGAUAUGCACAUAAACAAUUUUAAUGGUUAAUAAUAAGUCAAAAUCAUGGACAACAAUCCAAAAAGGAACACAAAUGAAAUGGAAAAUAGUGUAAUUAUCUUUCAUUCAGGAAACAAAACAGGGUGCUCUUAUCAUUAAUUAUGUGCAUUCUGCAUAUGUGAUCUGUAUAUAUUCUAGAGCUGAGUUUGCCUUAUAGAGUAGCUCAUAAAUUAUAUUCCUGUGGUCGGUAUUCAUACCACUCGGAGUAACCCUAUUCUGGGCUCAUGCCUUUUUUGCAUUUUUGUUUAUGUAUUUAUUUUUAUGUGUCUGUUUUAAGUAUCCUUUGAUGUCAUAUAUGUAUUCGCUGGUUACACCGUAUAAUACACUGUUAAGGCACUGUCUCAUCUUUUCCCACUGGUUCCUGGAUGCUCCAUUGGCUUACCUUUUUUUUUACGGUAAUUCUAACCUCGAUGUUCACCGGUUCCAAGCCUCUCUCCCACUUUGAUGUAGCCUCAUUCGCACAGUCUCUUGGCCUCUUUUUCAAAUUUGCACUCUCUUUCUCUCCUCCCUACAUAGUCUGUGUUUGUUUAUUGUAUACCUAUCCUGAUGAAGGUCCCUGUGUGGACUGAAAAAUUGAGAUGAUUAUUAUGUAGUUAAAGCUCAAAUACUUUUUGAAACACAAAUCUGACUUUGUGCGCUCUUUCUGGUGAAUAUACUGUGGCUACGAGACUGCACCCCGGUAAAAAAACAAAAAAGUCGACUUGACUAGUUCAGGAUCCCACAGGUUUUUGUGUUUGUGUGUUUUUCGGUGACCAUAUAUUUCUCCAGACUUGACCGUUUGUGUGUGUGUGUGUGUGUGUGUGUGUGUAUAUAUAAAUAUAGAAAAAAAAUCUAUUGAAUAGCAAUGCUGCAUAGAUAGAAUGCUGUGCUCUGAAAAUCUCCUACAUCUCAUAUUUCAAUGGAUUGUACGCUUUAAACAAGAUUACAAAAGCACCAAGUUAAUUCUUUUGUCUGUCCAUGCAGCUGGCUUGGUGAAUCCUGUUGCACUAUUUUUACCAGGGUUUGUGGAGUAUCAGUAAGCUUAAAGUGGAUGCGUCUUAAAUGUUCUGUGUACCGUGGUGAAACUCCAUAUACUUUGAAUUGAUUAUUUGUAAAUAUAUUCAUCAGUUACAAAACCUAGAGAAAUACAGACAUUCAGAAAAUACAAAGAACAGUCUCCUUCACAGAGGAAUUCUGGGAGCCUUUUUGCAUAUUAAAUAUUGUAACAUCCUGUGAUGUCUGCAGCUUUGGUUUUUUUUUUAACUAGUGUCUUUCAUAGGGUGGUUUAAGAAACAACGCCAUUCCAAGAUGGUUUCUUCCACAUUGAAACUAGACAGCUCAUCGAGUUUUAAUGCCAGCUAAAAACAAAACUAUAUUUUGCAUAAAUUAAAAUUAUAAUAUUUUUCUAUUUCCAUAAUUGUUUUAAACUGAUUUACGGAUAGAAGCCCCACAUCCGGAAAGACAUUUUUCGAUGACCUUCUACAUUUUGUAAAUUACUGCAUGCUAUGCAAUAGUUGGCUGGCCUAAUGCAAUUUAGACACCAGUUUUGAUGUUUAUUUUAUUUCUUUCUCUUAUUUAUUUUAUUCUGUUGUCACACACUCUUUGAUUUUUACUAAUUUUGCUACUUUAAUCCAGGCGUCAGAUCUGGAGGACACCAUGACCGAUGCAUUGGUGAAUGACAAGCCCAGCUUUGUGAAGCUCUUUGUGGACAAUGGUUUGAACAUUGUGGAUUACCUGACAUAUGGACAGCUGGAGGAACUCUACAGUUCAAUUUUGGAAAAUACAGUUCUAUGUCACCUCCUACAGCGCAAACAUGAAGAACGGCGAGAGUCCAACAAACCUCACCCCAGUGAAUUCAUUCCAGUGGACAAUACCAGUAAAGGAAAAGAGUAUAAGCUCUAUGAAGUGUCCAAAGUUUUAAAAGAACUGCUGGGUGAUGUUUGUGCACCUUUCUACACCCAGAUCAUUGGAAACCUGAAAAGCUCCGUUAGCAGAAGAAAUUCAAAUGUGGGUAUCUAGAUGAAAUAAUUGAUCAGUGGUAUAGAAGCUCCAUUAACCUUUUUAUAUGUGUGUAACACUAAACACUAGUCAUUUACCACUAGUAGUUGAGAAUAUUUGGCUACAAAAGCUUGUUCUCCUGGGUAUCUAUGACCAGAAGCUGGUGAGAUAGAUUCCCUGACUACAGAGCCUGUUCAAAAAACGCAAGGUCACAGGUUCAAAUCCUGGCACGGUCAAUACAGCCCUUCAUCCUUCCGAGGUCGAAAAAUGAGUACUAUGUAUUGGGUUAUAAUAACAUCUAGUAUUAUUCUUAUGUGCUUUGAGUCUCAUUGGGAAAAAAGCACUAUAUAAAUACUACACAAAAAACUUAAAAUUAUGGCACUGAAUGAUAUUACAAAUGAGUAAGAUUUGUUAAUAAAAAAGCAGCACUAAUAAUGUGAAAAAGUCUUUAAGACUAAAAAUAAAUACUUUAUAGUAAAAGUGAACUAUGCAUAAAACAAUUAAUAUAAUAGUAUAUUUGUACCCAAAGUGACAAUGUAUAUAAUAGUUAAUAUAAAACAAUUAACAUUGUUACUUUGGGUACAGACAUACCAUUAUAUUAAUUAUUUUAUGCAUAGUUCACUUUUACUAUAAAGUAUUUAUUUUCAGUCUUAAAGACUCAGCACACUUUAUUUUUUGUUUAUAGCUAUAUAAAUACUAGUUAUUAUUAUGUUUGUAACUGGAUAGAAAUUUGUCAAUGGGUAAUCUGUAUGACACUGACUGCUCUUUCUGUCUGCAGAAUAAAUCCCAGCAACUGGCCUAUGGCGAACUAAAAUAUGAAACUAAAAAGUCUACCACUCCAUGGAUUGACCUGUUUAUCUGGGCAAUUCUUCAGAACCGUGAUGAAAUGGCAUCAUAUUUCUGGGAAAUGGUGAGUGUGCAUGGAGUUGGAGUCCUGACAAGUAGAUGGUAGGAGAACACGACGAUGGCAUCCCAAACUUUUCCUCUGACAACCUGUAUCUUUUAAUACUAAAGGGUGUGAUAAACUAAUAGGAAAGCUUAGUCCUAAAAUCAGCUCUAGUUGGUUAUCUUCAAUUAGUUGAAUGUUUGGGAAGGCAACAUAUUUGCUUUCACUAUUCAAUUAGUUCUGCUGGGAAAUGGCUUCCAUAAAAUUUAUUGUGUUUUCCGUAGGGUUCAGAGGCUGUGAGUUCUGCGCUGGCUGCUACCAAGAUCCUUAAGGAGCUUUCUCGCUUGGAAUCAGAGGCUGAAGAAUCAAUGGCAAUGAAGGACCUGGCUGCAAAGUUUGAGCAUCUUGCUAUUGGUAUGUGUAACGGACCGUUUUGCCCACAAGAGGUUAAAAAACGUUUAGGCGAUAUUCCCCUUUUUCAGAUGCACAAACAGCUACUGCAAACCCACGAAUUCACCAACUCCCGAACUGCAACCAAGGGAAUACUCCAAACUCCCGAACUAGAGACACACAAAUAGCUGUUAGCAGACGAACAGGAAAAGCCCCCAAGCGGCUUACACUCCUGGCAAUCAGUCUCUAACAGCAUACAGUAAAUCCCCCCCAAAGACGAGACGACACUUCGGUUUGAGGGUCAAGCAGAAUCUGGUUUACUGGGGCUAACUGCCCGGCUUUUAUGCAGGUCUCCCACCUGGUGGACACUCCCCUAUGGGACCAAAUGGGAAACUGGAAAACAUAUUGGCUCUUAGCCAAUCACAGACAUACACCUUUAAACACUCCCACAAUUACAUCACAAUCCCUCCUCUCUGUCCUGGAGAAAAUUGGGAAGUAAUCCACUUAUCUCCCAGGACAGAGGCAAAACUCCAUUAACCACAUGGCAGUAACAAUACAGUAAAAGACAUAAAAUUACAUACAGCCACAUUUAUUACCUAAAACAUAUAUACAUUCCACAUAUCCCCAGAUAGCUUAGAUCUGAGCGCACAUUACUACCGAAUGGCGCUCAGAUCACAUACAUACAGUUCAAUCGCCAUGGAGCCAAAGUCUUUUCCAUAGUCUUUCGUUACACGAAUAGGCUCCAUGGCUUAGCUAUCUGGGGGAUGCUGUUCAUCCGGCGAAACUACCGAAUGAACAGUCAUUCGGUUCUGCUUACCGAAUGGGAAGGUAAGGAGGCUGGCGGCUCGGCGGUGUUCGCGCCAAUAAGUGUCCGUUUCCAGUUCCAUAGUUUGGGCGCUGAACACCGCUGGCCAUUCGGGAGGUAAAAUGGCCGCUGCCACGUGUUCGGCAGACGAACAAAGGCCACCCAGCGUUAAUCAAUUAAGCUGCGGUUAACCGCAGCUUCUGGGUGGUCAGUUGACGGCACACUCCAGCUCCCAGGUGGUCCAUCGUUCGGUAGUUUCUACCGAACACCCUGGCAGAAAGGCAUGAAUAAACCUUUCAGCAGGGAGAAUAACAGCUCUGAACUGCAGGGCCAGAAUCUAAAGCAGAGCAGGCGAGCAACCAGGCUUCUCCAGUGCACAGUGGCGAGGUUGGUUCUGCCACAGUAUGAUAUAUACUUUUCAGUUCUGAACUUCUGAUUUAGCUCAUGCAUAAACGAAGUAAGCAGUAAGCUUGGUGCUUACAUAUAAGGAAUAAUUCUACUGCAAGUUCCAGUUUAUUUGGUUACUAUGAUGACACGCACUUUUAGAACUUUACCACGGAAUUGUGAUUUAUGCUGAGAAAAGCCCACUGCACCCUUUGGCUAACCAAGUGCAGACAUGGGCGAAAGUAGACACAGGUGGACAAAAAUUUAUUUUUGAUUGAGACAAUAUCCUUCCUAUGCAGGAGUUUUUAAUGAAUGCUAUAGAAACAGUGAAAAUCGAGCCUUUAAGCUUCUGGUGCGACGAUCCAAUGUCUGGGGUGGUGCCACUUGCCUACAACUCGCUUAUGAAGCAGAUGCACGCAAUUUCUUUGCGCAAGAUGGAGUUCAGGUGAGUUACUUAUAAAGAUACAGUGUAUGUGUUUUCAUGCAUACAGUAUGUGAACAUUUUGUAUUCUUUAGUUACACUGUUAUGUGACCUCUUAUCCAACUUUCUUAAAGGGACACUAUAGUCACCAGAACAACUACAGCUUAUUGUAUUUGUUCUGGUGAGUAUAAUCAUUCCCUUCAGGCUUUUUGCUGUAAACACUGCAGUGUUUACAUUACAGCCUAGGGAUACCUCCACUGGCCGCUCUUCAGAUGGCUGCUAGAGGUGCUUCCUGGGGCAGUGCUGCACAGUGUAACUGACAUUUAGAGUCUCCACCCUCUGCAUGGAGACACUGAACGUUCCUCAUAGAGACACAUUGAUUUAUUACAUCUCUAUGAGGAGAUGCUGAUUUGCCAUGGCUGUUUUUUACUUGUGCUGCCUCUGCCCCUGAUCUUGAUAGUCUCAGCCAAUCCUAUAUGAAAGCUUUGUGAUUGGCUCAGAGCACUACUUUUGAUGAUGUCAGCAAAUAGGGCAGCUCAGGGGCAGAGCCAGCAGCUGCAGACUUGAACAAAAGUAAGAUUUUACUAUAUUCAGGGGGAAAUAUUGGGGACAGGGGGCUGGAUGGUGUUUUUUUUCAGCCAUGCUUCCAGUUCAGCUACUGUGGUCUUAAAUUUAAAGUUCCCUUUGAAUUCCUCACAUUACUCACUUGAACAACCCUGCACGAUUAACACACCCUGUGUAUUCCUGACCCUAUAGUGUUCCUUUAAGGAGUCUGUAAAUUGCCUCUUACCAUUUCAAGUUUUCUCGUGGCAGUGAAAAAGUUAUUAAAUUAAUAGAAAAAAAAAUUAUUUUCCCUUAACAAAGAUCUUCAACACUAUUUGAUCUCAGGGUGUGUUAAUUGGGCAGGGUUGUUCAAGUGAGUAAUGUGAUGAAUUCAAAGGGAACUUCAAAUUUAAGACCACAGUAGCUGAACUGGAAGCAUGGCUGAAUUAUUCUAAUUUGGCUAUUUUGGUCAUAGACUCUGAAUUCUCACUUCUCAAUUAAAACUGAAUUUCAAAUUUAGGGUAAAAAUAGCCAAGCUGGGUGCAUAGGUGAAUUUUUCAAGUUCAGCAGAAGCAGGUUUACCUAUAGUAGUCAAUGAAAAGAAGAGUUAAUAAUAGCCAUAUUUUUAUUCACAUUUUUUUCCAAUUGAUUUGUAUUUUACAGUCCAUGUUAACGGAGAACUGGUGGGGUCAGAUGGCACAUAAUACACCCGUAUGGGCCAUGGUGCUAACCUUCUUCUGCCCGCCUCUGAUAUACACAGAUCUGAUUGAAUUCAAGUGAGUGGUACCCUACAUGUAACUGUGAUGUGUGUGCUGGUUACAAAUGUUACCAGACUCUAGAUAUACAAGAAGCCAGACCUAUACAGCGCUACUAUAUAUGUUGGCCACAUAAUUAUUAAAAUAAGCAGUAUUGCAUAAAGUAGUGAGAACAUACAGAAAAAUUGUGUUUAAAAACAAACCAAACAUUUCAUUAUUAUUAUUAUUAUUAUUGGCACUUUACAAUGUCAAAAAAAGGGAUUCAACAGCAAAUGAGUUACAAACAUUGACAAGGACAAGAGGUUACCGAGGACCCUGUUUGUUCAAGCUUAUAAUCUUACAAUUAGAAACUGAGAGUUUGUGGUUUAUAUACACUGAUCAGAGAAAACAUUAAAACCACCUGCCUAGUAUCAUGUAGGUCCCCCUUGUGCUGCAAAAACAGCUCUGAUGCGUCAAGGCAUGGACCUCUGAAAGUGUUCUGUGGCAUCUGGCACCAACUUGCGAGGUGGGGCCUCCAUGGAUCGGAUUGUUUGUUACAGCACUUUCAACAGAUGUUCAAUUGGAUUGAGAGCUGGGGUAAUUGGAGGCCAAGGCAACACCUUGAACUCUUCGUCAUGUUCCUCAAACCUCGAAACAAUUUUUGCAAUGUGGCAGCGUGCAUUAUCCUGCUGAAAGAGGCCACUGCCAUCAUGGAACACCAUUGCCAUGAAGGGUUGUACGUGGUCUGCAACAAUCUCUAGGUAGGUGGUAUGUGUCAAUGUAACAUCCACAUGAAUGCCAGGACCAAAGUUUUCCCGGCAUAACAAUGCCUCUGUUGGCCUGUCUUCUUGCCAUGGUGCAUCCUGCUUCCAUCUCUUCUCCAGGUAAACGACGCACGUGCACCAGGCUAUCCAACUGAUGGCCAUCCACCUGAUCUCAACGAAAAUGUCAUUCAUCAGACCAGGCAACCUUUUUCCAUUACUCACAUCCCUACUGAAGGAGCUUUCCGCGGUGGACAGGAGUCAUCAUGGGCACUCUAUUUUUUUUUUUUUAAAUUCUUUAUUUUUAUGUUUAUUUUUGCUCACCAUACAUAGCAAGCAAGCAUCAACGGUUGGGCUUACGCAGAAGCCAAAUUAUGGGUAAUAUCUUAACAAUUACACGCAGUUCAAUCUUUACAGUAUGUGUUCAUGUUUAACGGAACCAUGAGGGACUGCCCUCCAUGAAGGAUUUUAAUAUGCAUAAUAUAAUUCCUCAGUACAUUAUAUUGGUUUGACCGGAGAACUUAGGUGUGCAAAGGAAGUGUCACUGACGCAGAGGCAAAUUUAGGCCUAACGAUGAGCCGUAUAAUAUGUUUGAUAUGUCAUGUAAGUCUUGUGACGUUUUGGAAUAUCUGUAAUGUCAGUAUCAGAUCGAAAGUUUGAUAUUUUCAGGUCAUUAGAUAUAGUUAUAGGAUUAAUAGUCUGAGGUCUAUAUGGUAUUUCUAGGUCUCCCAUUUCUUUCGUUACGUUGACCAUGCCUGAGGAGGUUGAUAUGCAGAGUAUUUAUCGAAUAAGGAAAGGAUUUUUCCCGUUAAGGUGCGGGAAGAGAAAAAGUAAGGGAUUAGAGAAAGGGAGACUGAGAAGAUAGUAUGAAGUAAAGAAAAGUGAUGUGGUGGAUGCAGUGACCCGGAAGCAGCGAGGAAAGAAUGCCAGGGGAUGACAUCCGAAGGGGGGGGGAAACGGGGACAGGAGGCUUAUCCAGAACUCUCUAUGCCAAGUGUGUCGAAUGGAUCCUCCGGUCAGAGGAGGAUUCCGCUACUAGUUCACCUUUACUGUAGGUCACCUUUACUUCUUCCUUUCGGUCUUAUCUGUCCUCUCUAAAACCCACUACGCUAUUAUCCCACAGCUCCCAGAGUUUUAGAAAUGUUUCUGUCGAACCCUUCACUCUUGCUGUCAGGUCGUCCAUAAUCCUACAUUCGCGGAUCCUGGAUACCACUCCCGGAAACUCAGGUCCGUCUGGUGAAAGCCACCCAGUCGCAAUUGUUCGUCUCGCGCUUAGUUAUUUUAUGGACCAGUUUCUGCCCUCUCUUGGUCCAUCCGUCUACAGACCUGUUUAAUAGGUAUACCCAUGGAUCUCUGGUCAGGGGUUUGUUAAAUGUUUGUUUCAGUAGGUUUUCUGUCGCUUUCCAAAAUCCAAGAAGUUUUGGGCAUUCCCACCACCUGUGAAGGUAUGUACCUCGGGCUCCACAUCCCCUCCAGCAAUCAUCCGUAUCCAUUUUGUGCAUUUUAUAAAGUUUUACGGGGGUUGUGUACCAUCUAAACUUGGUCUUCCACGUCUGUUCCUGUAGUGUGACACAUAUGGAGGCAUUUUUAUUUGCUUCCCAAAUUUCUUGCCAUUCUAUGCCUUCUAGCUCUUCUCCUAGUUCUGUCUCCCAUUGGUCGGUAUAAGAUAGUCUCCCCCAUUCUUUGGUUAAGGUGGGCGUACAUUAGGGUUAUCAUGCCCUUGGGGGUCCUUUCGUGUAGGCAUAGUUUCCCGUAGAACGUCAUGUUUCCCUGAACUGCGGCCUUUAUGUGUGGUUUCCUAGCGAAGUCCCGGAUCUGUAUAUAUCUAAAGAAGUCUGUGGGGGUUAGGUGGUUAUCUUGUUGAAGGUCCUCGAAUUGGAUUAAGUUUCCAUUAUGGUAUAGUUGAUGGAUCCGUUGUAGUCCCGUUCUCUCCAAGUUUCGAAAAUCUCUGGGGGCCAUACCAAGCUGGAACUCCCUAUUUCUUAGAAUUGGAGUCAAGGGAAAGGGGGAGGUCGCCAGUCCAUACUUGGUUCUGUUUUUGUCCCAUAUUUGGAGCGAAUUAAGUAUGGACGGGCAAGUCACCCGUAUCAAGGGUCGAUAAUCUUUCGGGAUCCACAUAGUGAACUGGGGGAAGUCCCAGCCCACCAUCAUGGAUUCUAUCUCGACCCAUCUCCGCUCUUCCAGAGGGGAAUGCCACAUAGCUACCUGUGUUAGUUGAGCUGCAAGGUAAUAGAAGUAUAGAUUUGGCAGGCCCAGCCCCCCUCUUUCUUUUCGUCUAUAGAGAAUCUGUCUUGAUAUCCUGUGCCUCUUGUUCUGCCAGAUGAAGUCACCUAUUGACCGUUGUAGCGGAUUCAGUUGUGCUUUGGUGACGCGGACAGGGAGAGCCUGGAAUAAGAAUAAAAUCCUUGGAAGGACGUUCAUUUUAACAGAGUUAAUUCGUUCUAUCCAGGAGAUGGGCUUAUCUAUCCACCUUUCUAAGUCUCCCAUCAACUUCCUGAUUAAGGGACCAUAGUUCGCGGAGUGGAGGCAUGUCGGGUCUGUUGUUAUGUGUAUACCCAGAUAUUUCAUAGACUCUCUUUCCAUCCUGAUGCGGUAGGUCCACUGUAUCUGACUUAUUUCUACUUCUGUCAUGCCAAGUGGCAUAGCGCUAGAUUUUUUGCAUGUUGGCUUUAUAUCCAGACCGUUCCCUGUAGUCCUUGAUAACUUCCUGGAGGGCCGACACGGACGUUAAGGGGUUCAUAAUGGUCAAAAGAACGUCGUCCGCAUACACUGAGACUGUAAACUUUCUGUCUCCUACCCGUACUCCACCAAUAUCUGGAUGUUGUCUGAUCGCUUGCAUCAAGGGCUCCAGUGCUAGUACAAACAGGAGUGGGGAAAGUGUGCACCCCUGCCUAGACCAUUAUAGAGUCGGAAUGGUGUCAUCGGGGCACCACUUCAUGGUACAUUGCUUUUGUAGUAGUUAUAAAUUCUUUCGGGAACCCCAGGUGGUUCAGCACCGAGAAGAGGAAUUGCCAUCUCACCCUAUCAAAGGCCUUUUCCGCAUCUAUAGAGACCACUAAGGUGGGGAUUCCAGAGGUCACUUGUUUCCAGACUAGGUCGAUAUUCCUUCUGGUAUUCUCGAACAGUUGUCUGCCCUGAAUAAAGCCUACUUGGUCGGCAUGUAUGAGUGAGUUUAGUAGUGGGUUCAAUCUGUCAGCUUGUAUUUUUGCUAGUAUUUUCAGAUCUUGGUUAAUCAGCAAUAUGGGCCUGUAGUUUUCUGGUUGGAGCGUGUCUUUGUCGGGUUUAGGUAUCAAUACAAUGGUAGCUAGGGUCAUGUCUGGAGUGAGGAGUCCCCCCUGUUUCAUGUAGUCAAAGAGUUUCAUCAGUUGGGGUGUAAGCUCUUCUUUGAAGGUCUUGUAGUACGUACCUUCGAACCCAUCAGGUCCUGGAGCCUUGUUACCUUUCAAGUUAGAUAUGGCUCUAUAUACUUCUUCCUCUGUAAUUUCAGCUGUCAGGCUAUUUACCGCCUCUCUCCCAAGUUUGGUCAGCCCAAGGUCAUUCAAGUAGCUGUUAAUAUGUUCUUCUUCACUUCUGUCAGGAGUGUUUGCGCCUGGUGUGUGGUUGUAUAGUCUUUUGUAAAAGUCCUCAAAGACUUUUGCUAUCUCAUCUGGCCUUGAUUUUGUCGUUCCAUUCGAAUGUUUGAUGGCCGUGAUGUGGGAUCGUUCUUGUCUAGGUCGCAAUGUUCGGGCUAGGAGUGAAUCCAUCUUAUUGGAUUUCUCGUAAAAAGUCAGUUUCGUCCAGAUCAUGGAUCGAGCGGUAUCGUCCAGCAGUAGCGUGCGGAUGUUCCUCCGUACCGCUUCCAGUUUCUUAUAGGUCUCAUUGUCGGGUGUUGCUUGAUGUUUCUGUUCAAGAUUCCCUAAUUGAUCCAUCAGUGUGUCCAGUUGUAUAUGUUUCAUCAUCUUCUUCCUAGUGGCUAGUUUUGAGGGUCCCUCUUAUUACUGCUUUGGGCCGCCCAUAUUGACCCUGCACUGACAUUUGGGGUGUUGUUUGUGGUAAAAUAUCCCACUAUUUCAGUCCGUAUCUGUUCUUUUAGCUCCGGGUCCUGUAGUAGCGAUGUGUUUAAUCUCCACGUCCACGGCGAAGCCACACACAAAUUGCCCAAUGUAAUUGACACAUCCGCAUGGUCCGACCAUGAUAUAUUGCCAAUCGUGGAGCCUAUAAUCCUGGGCAUGCCUGUCGCGUUAGUUAGGAAUAGAAUCAUGGGCACUCUAAACGUUCUGUGAUGCACUGUGCAUUCUGACAUCUGUCUAGCAUGGCCAGCAUUAAGUUUUUCAGCAAUUUAAACUACAGUAGCUACUCUGUGGGAUUGGACCAGAUGGACUAGCCUUCGCUCCUGUUUCAGAGAUGCUCUGACCCGUCGUCUAGCCAUCACUAUUUGGGCCUUUGUCAAAGUCACUCAGAUCUUACGCUUGCCCAUGUUAACCAACGAACACCGUGCCGUUCGGUACUUUCAGACUCUGGAAGCUAGACCGACCCUAUGCCUGAACAUUGUGGAGCUAAUUCUGGGUUGACUUAUGCCGAACAGCCCUGGAGACAAACUUUAUCCCCAUGGCGUUCCCACUAUAUUCAAGAGAUCUGGGCGCUUUUUGGACCGCUUGUGCGCUCAGAUCCAAGCUGUCUGGGGAUAUGUUGGACAUAUAAGUUAAAUAUUAUAUUAUAUGAGUUAUGCAUUUUUAUGUGGUUUUUGGUAUAAUUUCAACUCCAGAAUAUGUCCUGUACCUGGAAAUAAUUAAGUUACUGUUAAUUAUCUCCAUGAUAGAGGGGAGGGUUCAGAAAGAUCCUCUUUGUUCCCAUUGGUUUGUGUCCCUUGUAAAACUGUGUUUCAUCAGGUCCAGAGGGGUUUGCCUCUGGCCUGAAAAUGUGUAUAUAAGCAAUGCCUUUCCGUUCAAUAAACCAGACAUCUUACCCUCAACUCGCAGCCUCGACUCGUGUUCUAGGUAAAUGCUGAUCACUAGCUCUGCUCAGAGCUCCAGGAAUACUUUACACUUGCAGGAAGAUCGUUAGGUGCUGAAUUGGAACUUUCUACUGCUCUCCAGGAUCGGGGACAAGGACAUCCAAGCUGUCUAACUCUCAGCUAGCCUGAGGUAACCGUAAGACCUUGGCCUUGUACUUAUUGUCAUUGUCAUACAGUUCGCCAGAAGUUGCGAGGCGUUUCAAAGUGUUGUUGGGCAUAUUGUAACUUGGCUUUUUUGGGGCAUUGGCGCAGUAAAGACUUCUUACUGGCAACUCGAACAUGCAGUAUUGUCGUAUUGUGCACCUUGAAACAACCACAUUGUGUUUUUCCAGUGCAGCCUGUAUUUCCCUGAGGUUACCUGUGGGUUUUUCUUUGUAUCCCACACAAUUCUUCUGGCAGUUGUGGCUGAAAUCUUUCUUGGUCUACCUGACCUUGGCUUGGUAUCAAGAGAUCCGAGAAUUUUUGACUUCCUAAUAAGUUAUUUGAACAGUACUGACUGGCAUUUUCAAGACUUUGAAUAUCUUUUUAUAUUCUUUUCCAUCUUUAUAAACGUUCCAUUACCUUGUUACGCAAGUCUUUUGACAGUUCUUUUCUGCUCCCCGUGGCUCAGUAUCUAGCCUACUCAGUGCAUCCACGUGAGAGCUAACAAACCCAUUGACUAUUUAUACACAGACACUCAUUGCAAUCUAAAAAGCCACAGGUGUGGGAAAUUAACCUUUAAUUCCCACCUGUAGACUAUAGAUUUGUUUGAGCAGGGCACUCAUCUACCUAUUGUUCCUGUGUCACUGUGUAAUUGUCUCAUUGAUUAUAAAUUUCCCCCUUUCAUAAUAUUGUAAAGCGCUGUGGAAUUAGUUGGCGCUAUAUAAAUACCAAUAAUAAUAAUUUUAACCUAUGUGUGUCACCUUGUGUGUCUGUAACAAGGACAAACCUUCAAGGAUAUGUAAACUUUUGAUCAGGACCAUUUGGGUGAUUUGUUAUCAUUAUGAUUUAAAAAGGAGCCAAAAAACUAUGUGAUAAUAAAUGGCUUCAUAUGAUCACUAUCCUUCAAUAAAAUUUAUGUUUUUGUUUGCAUGAUUAGUCAUAUUUUCAAAAUCAAUGCCAAAAUGUCACAAUUUCUGCCAGGGUAUGCAAACUUUGGAACACAACUGUAUAUCUACUUAACAUAAUAGCUGAAUCAAGACUAUGAUUUAGAAGAUACAAAAUGUUGUUGACUAUUUUUCACCAUUUCACGUGAUCCUUUUUUUUUUUUAAUCCUCCAGGUCUUUCGACAAUGAAAAUGUAGAUGGACCUCAGCGAGUGGAAAUGGACAGUCUUGACAUCGAUAUAAAGACCACUGUGGCCGAAAUCAUGGAGGGGUAAUGGAAAAUAUAAUACGUCAAUCAUAGCUUAGGGUUUUAACAUUGCAGAUACCCAACAUCCUUCAUUUAUUUCCUUUUUAGGGAAGAGUACGAGAAGGGGAAAUCCGAAGUGAUACCACUCAAAACGGGCAAACCAGAGAAUUCAAAAACUAUGAUUCCUGAGUCGGAAAUCAUAAGGGUGAAACCACGGCCAACGUGGUUAAGACGUUGGAAGCAGUUUUGGAGUGCACCGGUGACAGCCUUUUUGGGGAACGUAGUCAUGUAUUUUGCCUUCCUCUUCCUUUUCUCCUACGUUCUGCUUAUGGACUUCAAGCCAGCUCCUCCAGAUGGCCCGUCAAACUCUGAGAUCAUCCUUUAUUUUUGGAUUUUCACAAUGGUGUGCGAAGAGAUACGACAAAGCUUCUUUGUGGGAUCUAUGCCGGUGACACAGAAAGUCAAGCAGUACCUGCAGGAUUCAUGGAACCAUGUAGACAUCACGGCCUUGAUGCUUUUCAUCAUUGCCCUAGUUUGCAGGUACAUCUGAGUGCUAGAACAUUUAACGUUAUCUCAUCUGCUUCUACUGAAAGAGUAGUAGUUGAUCAUCGAUAUAGCCUUUUUUUUAAUGAAAUAUUUAGUUACCCCUAUUUAACUAUUUGCAGAGUAAUCUCAACCACUUCCAUUUAUUUUCCAAAAUUAAGAUUUCUCGAUUUUUCUAUUAAUUUAAUUUUACCGAGGGGAAAUUGUAAUUGUUGAAUUGCUUGGGAGCAUAGGGAAAUGGUUUGGCUUAGUCUUCAGCUCACUGGGAAAUCAAACCUAGAUAUUAAUAAACUGAUUUCUAAAUUGCUUUCAAUGUUACUUGCUGAAGACUGAAUUUUCAAUUGCUCUCUGUGCUUGCUAUUGUAAAUGGUGUGAUCGUUGUGAUUGCCUUGCAUGCCCUGUGUGAUGCAUUGAAUCAACAUAACUGAAUGCCAGCAGAGACGCUGAACUUCAGUGCUGCACGUUGUGACUGAGUAACUUCCACUGGAGGUGUCACUAGGGGGCAAUGUAAACGCUGCCUUUUCUCUGAAAAGGCAGCGUUUACAUUAAAAGGCUUGCAGGGACAGGCAGUAGACACCAGAAAAACUGCAUUAAGCUGUAGCCAUGUAAUCACCCUAUUAUUCUUCUACAGUAGACUGGUAAUAGCUGAACACAGCUCCCGAAAUAGUUUGUGGUGAAGAUGCUGUGCUGAUAGAGCCAAAUAUUCAUGCAACUACACCUUGCACCAAACAUUCUCGGGUUCUCGUAUUAUUUUAAAAUCAGUAGAUUUUAAAUAGAAAAGUUAAUGCAUUGAAUGGUGAUGGGUUGAUCUGCAUUUACUGUCCAUCCUUGUGGAAAGUUACUGGGUGUUAUUUUAGCUGUUUUGUAAAUGUUGUUUUUCCCCCAGGAUGUUUGAAAGCUCGUAUGAAGCUGGACGGACCAUCUUGUGCUUUGAUUUUAUGGUCUUCACUCUGCGAUUAAUUCACAUUUUUGCUGUGAACAAGCAGCUAGGACCGAAGAUUAUCAUUGUCAGGAAGAUGGUGAGUGAUGGAAUGAAGGUGGACCUACAGCUGUGUUUGGUAUAUUCCUUUAUGUAACAAAGAUGAACCAAAAGGGAACAGGAAGCCUAUAAAAUCUGACAAAAAAAAGGCCUUUUGCAUGAAGAAGGGCAUUUAGUCACACCUGCAAUAAACAUCUUACAUUGACUGUAGAAAACGAGAUAUGGUAACAUGAGAUGAAUAUUUUUUUUUUUUUUUAAUUCUUUAUUUUUGUCAUGCAUGUAUCAACAACAAUUACACAGAGCCACAUCAGCGUCUGUGUGCAUCUUACAGCAUUUAACAAUGUCACAGGUUAAUACAGCACAUUUUUAGGGUUAAAGAGUAAAAAUAAGACAUAAAAAAACAAAAACAAUUCUGUUAGUAAACAGUGAGGUGGAUGAUCCGCAAAACUCUAUACACAUUCGAUUUCAAAUUCCGUUUUAAUAAGCAAUGGCAGUCUUGCUACUUACAUUGCUUAUUGAUAUAAAAAGAGGCCCAGAAAAUAUCAGGGAAUUGAUGAAAAUAACGAGUCAGUACAGUCAUAGUGCCUGGCCUUAUCGUGUGUAAUUAUAUAGACUUCACAUGCCCAUCCCUGACAUAUGCCCAAUGAGUCCGCUAUCUAAAGUUAGGUGUUGAAGAGUGCGACUAUCAUGGCAGCCAUACCAUGAUCCCAUUCUACGCAAAAGCCCAACUUGCUCACAGACUACAUUGUUCAUCCAACCGUAUCUUCGUAUUAAAGAGAGGUGAAAAAAGAAAACGCCACCUCCCAUGGAGAAACCAGAGGGAGGGGAAUAAAAAUAAUAAAGAAGGAUGAGACUGAAGAAGGGAAAUUCCAUAGUGGAGAGAAAGGAAGGAGGAGAAAAAACAGCCGAGAUGUAGAGAGCAGGGAAGCUGUGAGGAGAGAGAGAAAAGAGAGAAGGGAGAGAGAGGGAGGUGGGGGAGCUCCCUGCUACGUGGGGCCCUACCCUCUACAACAGGGCAAGGUGCCGUCAAGCACUGCCCGAGCCCAGUGGACUAUUAUCCCACGGUUCCCAGAUCUUUUGAAACGACGCCAGAGAUUAAUAUUUUUAAGAUACACAUCUUCAAUUUGCUCAGUCACUUUUUCAAUGGUUUGUUGCAUUUCUCUCUUUCUGGCAAAAUUUCUCCCAGUGGUACAUUUUGGUCGAUAAUAGUGCCGUGAUCAAGAAAUUCUUAAAAUCUCUUUUUCUUUUUAGAUGAAGGACGUAUUUUUCUUUCUCUUCUUCCUUGGAGUCUGGCUCAUAGCUUACGGUGUGGCUACCGAAGGUCUCCUUCACCCCAGUGACAUGCGCCUCUCCUGGAUCUUACGGCGGGUGUUUUAUAGGCCCUACCUACAAAUAUUUGGUCAGAUUCCUCAAGAGGAGAUUGAUGGUAAGGAUGAGAUGAUCCAGUCUUCCAAGUCAUUUCUCGCUAACUAUUGUGUUAUUCCAAUAAAUCAAUAAAAAUGUCCAUAUUAAAUGUUAUCAUUCCCCAAAAAGAGAUGAGCUUGCUGUUCAUGUAGAAUGUGCAGGUACAUAACCUGCAAUGUCCUAAAGUCACAUUUAGCAUCAUUAAGCUGCGCAUGAUAACACCGAACAUGAAGAAAUGCGAUAAUUACACUAUGGGAAGAGGGACCGGGUCUCGUGUCUACUAAACAGCCACAAGGAACUUGGCAACUGACAAAUGUAAACAGUGCUGUAUUUCACAUUAUCAGACUAUGGUAGUGGCUUUGGUGCAAAUAUCCAGUCCAUGUAAAGGGUUACUGCAAACCUAGUACUUUAGUAUGACUUUUUAUUGGGCACUUGUCACCUGCUCCCCACCCCCCUUAUUUAAAAAAAAAAAAAAUACAAAUAUUAAAAGGUUCACACUUGCUUGGAAUCCAGUGCUUGGCGAAGUUCACCUAGGUCGUUUUCACUUCCCGUCCGUUAUCCGCUGCGUCACUCCUUUCCUUUCCAAGGUCCAAUCACAAGGAUUUGAUGGGACCAUUCUCAGAGGUUUAAAAUUCAUGUGCACACUCUGAGCCAAGAAGGGGAGGGAGUGUGGGGUGGUCAAAGGGAGGAGAUAAAAAAUAAAAUCUGCAGACUUUAUGUAGGGAGGCAGGGAGGGGUGGGACAGAUAGGUUUCUCCAUGAAUGCGUGCUCCUAGCACUGUCUGCAAGGGUACAAGCUGAUUACGUGUGUCACCAGUGCGCAGUGCAUGACUUAAUUUUUAGACAGAAUUGACAUUAUGCAGUCCGGAACAGACUUCCAGGCUUCCGAAGUCAAGUAUGCCAGGGGUGUAACUAGAUAACGGCACACAAUUGCAGAUAUCUCCAAUGGAGGUUGGAGUAACUCUUUGAGAUGAUGUGGUUUUGGUUCUUAAAAUGUCCCUUCUAAUAAUAAAUUGUUUUAAUGUCCAUUGCUAUGGUGCCUUGCUAUUAUAUUAUUGUAUUCUCUGAUGUGUGCUCCACCAUGUUAAUGGAACCUUGUGUGUUUAUUCACAAAAAGCUUCAAAGAUCUUAUCGUCAAACUGCACUGAUGACCCGAUUGCCAUUCUUAUGGAAGAAGCACCACCCUGCACCAAUACCUAUGCCAACUGGCUCGUUAUUUUACUCCUUGUGGUCUUCUUGUUGGUUGCCAACAUUCUGCUACUGAAUCUUCUGAUUGCCAUGUUCAGGUGAGGAGGAAAUUGAAAGAUUACAUUCUACCAUUGUAAUCAAUGUAAUCAGAAAUACAUUUACAAUCAUCAUAGCAACAGAAUUACACUUAUACAGUACCCAUACAGGCUGUACUUUCAUAUGUGGGCAAUCUCAAUAAUUGGAAGAAACACAUCACAUUCAUCGCUCAGUUUAGCUUUUAUAUAAUGAAGAGUCUAAUUAAGGUGUCUUGCUAAGGGAAUUUUAACGUUAAAUGUGAUAUCUUGGGGUCACAGAGUACAUCUAGCAGUCUGAAUAAUGGGUAGCCCAAAAAAAAAUUUAAUGUACGUAAUUUGGAUUCCUGUAAAAAAAAUAUGAAGAAUCCCUGGUCUAAAAUACUGUCCCAUGACUUGAUUUAAAUCAAGUGAAUGGAAUAGAACAUGGUAUUCCUAAUAGUCUGUUUUACUUUAUGUAGGAUUUAUAGAUGUCAUGUUAUAUUGCCAAUAUAUGACCCAGCUCAGUACAUGAAAAUGCCAGAUAACAAGUUCAAACACGUAAUGAUUUUAUAGAUCUGUUUAAUAUUUUCUCUCUCAUUCUCUAACGCAAUAAAACUCUUUAUCAGUUACACCUUUUCCAAGGUCCAAGGAAACAGUGAUAUAUAUUGGAAAUUCCAACGCUAUAACCUGAUUGUGGAGUAUCACAACCGCCCAGCUCUGGCGCCUCCAUUCAUUAUUAUCAGUCACAUCCACACUUUCAUAAAACGCAAGAUUCGCAAGGUGGCGUCCCAGAAGAUCAGACAUUUUAGUGAGUAUUGUGGUGGGCAGCUAUUGUUGGUAGCCUAGGCAGAGGUUGCAUCCAUUCACAAUAUGGCGCUAUGUUAGAGCGUAGAUGCAUUAGGACACUACAAAGCUCCCCCUUAGUUUUUUGCAUAGGUCUCUUCAAACCCAUCAAUGAUAAUUUGAAUGUUAUUCUAUGAUUUUGGUGGUCUGUGAUUAAACCUCACUUAGAUGCGGAUCGGGGGGUGGGCAUGAGGGCAGUUGCUCCAUCCAAAGUAGACAGAUACCACAUUGGGUUGCUCAAUAUGGGUGUCUGUAUUGUAACGUUACUGAGAGAUUCAGUAUUUUUUUUUAAUUAUGCAGGGGAGAACAGAAGAUGGGGAGGAAUAUGGAGAAAACUGUGAAUGGGGAGUCAAUCACUAUUCCCCAUGACAAAACUGUCUUGCACGGAAACGUACCUUUUUCAAGCCCGUUUUGUUAAUGGGUAGUCUCUGACUGCCUGAGAGCAUCAGCUGACUGCUCUUAGCCAAUCAACUGCGGCCAUGUCCAGUCGGAUGCCAUCUGGGACAUCGCCACUGGAGGCAACGUAGGGAUUAAGCUGUUCACGUAGGGUUUAACCCCUUGAGGUCAGACUGCCUCCAGGGGCCUCCUAGCACCAUAACAACUUAAUUUAGACUAAGUUGUUUUGGUGUCUGGCGUGUCUCUUUAAGUAGCAGCUGAAGUUGCUGAAGUAUUAACCCUAGAAACAGGGAAAAAACACACUGUUCAUAACUUGGCUAAUGUACCUGCCCUUAAUUAACCUGCCCCAGUGACCCUAUCAGAAUAUAUAUAUAUAUAUAUAUAUAUAUAUAUAUAAUAUAUUUACAGAUACGAUCCGGUCGUAAAAAACUAAUUGGUCGGUAAGUGAGGAUACGUGCAGGUCUAUGUUUGGGAAAUUUACCCGAACUUAGACAUACACACCAGAGCAGGGAAUCCCUCUAAUCUAUGUUCGGGGAAAAUUCCCCAAACAUAGACCAGCUCUCUAACGUGGGGAAUCCCUUGAAUCCCCAGCCUAGAGAGCUGGUCAUAAAAUCAAGCCAUCGUAAUACAGAUAGGUCGUAAAGUGAGGACCACCUAUAUAUAUAUAAUUUCAAACGCCCAGUGACACUCCCAAGAUUGGGUUCUGGAUCCACCCCUGACCUUACUGGAUGCAAAAUGCGUGAGACUGACUUUGUCACUUGUUGAUCUAAGUCAAGGCGUCUUAAAGUACUCUGAAAUUUAGAAAAGCCAGUGUGUAUGAAAUCAGCAGCUUCCACUAACAUAUCUAUCUAAUUUUCUGUCCAUAGUGUUGGAGCUGAAGGAGCCUUUAGAUAGUCGGAUGCUCACCUGGGAAGCUGUGCAGAAGGAGAACUACCUAGUAAAUCUUGCCAAGCAGAAAAGGGACAGCGACACAGAACGCCUGCGCCGCACCUCACAAAAGUAAGGGCUCGAGAUCUUGGUUUAACAAGGUGCUCAUCUAUUCAUAGACACAUUGAAUUCAAUAAAAGGAGCAUACAAUGCCAGGAGAUGCUCAAAAUAGACUGAUUAAAAUGUUAACCAAAUUUAAUGAAAAGAAAAUCAAACUUGAUCUCAACAUUUAAUUUUGGAUCAACAGCAGCAACAGGAAUGCUUGCUAGUUUUGAUCUGAUACACUAAGGUCUUUCUUUAACUGAUACUAUGUAAACAUCCUGCUUAUAUUACAGUAAUGAAAAGACAAAACUGUAGGAACCAGGUACAAAAAAAAAAAAAAGGUCCAGGGAGAAAGUAUGAAAAUGUGUAGAUAUCACCCAAUGUCUAGUCGCUCCAGCCUAAUAGAAAUUCUCAUCAGCGUGAAUUAAUAUAAUUGGACUCAUUUAUGUUGAAACCUUCAAAGAGGUAACGUCCCAUAAAUAUUGCUAAUUAUAGGAGUACAAACAGAUCUUUAAAGAAGCAAUGUCAGACUUAUUUCUAAAAGUCAUUUAUUUAUUAAGUCUUUUACACGUCUACUUUGGCCUUCAAUUUGAAAUUCACUUUAAAUUGCCAACAAUUCUAACUUAAGUAAAUAACCCUGAAAAUGUCAGUAACUGAACAAAAAUGCAGUACUAUCAUUAUUUAUAAUUUAAAAGAAGUCUAAUUUCCUUGUUUAGACUGGUGAGAUAGCUCAGUGGCUAAUGCAUCAUCAGUAGAAUCUAUUCAACCCUUGGGUCGCAGGUUUAAAUCCCGGCAGGGUUGACUCAGCCUUUCAUCCUUCCAAGGUAGAUAAAAUGAGUACCAUUAAAUUGGGUAAUAGUAACAACCCUUGGAUGUUGGGCUAAGGUAACAUUCCUAGGACGUACAUAAAACCAGAGUAAUCUGAAUGUACCUUUCCUGGUUAAAUAAUUUGUUAUUAUUAUUUCUAAACCACAAAUGGCAUUGUCAGCAAGGCUAAAAAUACACUUUCUGUACAGUUUCAAUGACGUGAAUACUAAAUGCAGGUAUAUUCACUACGUACACAAUUAUGCUAUACUUAACAGGUCUGUAUAGAAACCGCUAUAGUAAUAAAUAAAUAUGCUGAUUCAUGUAAUAUUUUGCUGUCUUUGUAGGGUGGAUAUAGCUUUAAAGAAUCUUAACGAAAUAAAAGAACACGACAGAAGGUUGAAAUCGUUGGAAAAUGAGGUACUACAGAUCCCAGAAUACACUUGGGCUGGGUAACAUGGGUCUCAGUGCAAUAUGUAACUGCAUAGGGAAGCUUUAUAUUACUUUUGAAAGAACACCUGGCUUUUCGGAUUCACCUUAUCUGCUUUUACCUGAAAGCUAUUUCAAGUAUUAAAAAACAUGUUAUUGAAUAAGUAAUACUGAUUGGCUUCUGAUCUCCUACAACUUGUGCACAGUCUGAAAAUCCAUUUUGGGCAUUUGUCAGAUUAACAUGUGCCACCAGCAGGCAGGACAGCUGAAUCUGUAAAACGAGACGGACACUUUAUUAUGAUAAACUCUUCACGUUAGUUAUCAUUUCGUAAAGAAAGAAGAUGAACUUUCUGGCAGACUGCAGUAACAUUUUGUCUUGUUUGCCUUAAAGGACCACCAUAGUGUCAGGAAAACAAACUCGUUUUCCUGGCACUAUAUAAUCCUUAGGUCCCCCCACCAACAGGGUCCCCUUUCCGGUGGGCUGAAGGGGUUAAAACCCCUUUAGCCACUUACCUUUAUCCAGGGCCGGCUUCCUCGGUGCUGGUGACCUCUCCACCCCCUCCGAACUCAGCUCCCGAGUGGAGUCUAUUACUCAAUGCUUUCCUAUGGACGUUCUGCGUGCUCAAUGCGAUUUUUCACAUUGAGCGUCGGCGAAGCGCCUUUAGCGGCUGUCAGGAAGAAAGCAACUAGAGGCUGGAUUAACCCUGCAAUGUAAACAUAGCAGUUUCACUGAAACUGCUAUGUUUACAUCUGAAGGGUUAAAACCUGGGGGACCUGGCACCCAGACCACUUAAUUGAGCUGAAGUGGUCUGGGUGACUAUAGUGGUCCUUUAAAGUUCUGGAAAUGCCCAAAAGCUGUCCGAGGCAAAAGAGAACACACAGAGAGGACAAAUCAUACAGAAAGAGAAUAAGUGGUAUAAAAAAGGAAAUGGGUAUAGGGGGCAGGGAGAAGGGAGAAACAGAGGAACACAAAAAUACAAUGGGGCAAGUAAAACAACAACAGAGGAGAACGAGUGAGGAAACCAAAACAUAAAUGGAAAUGGGCUUCAAACUGUGAGAGAGGGAUAAAAACCACAAAGGGAGAAUGUUGGAAAGAAACGGACAUGGAUUUUGUCUAAACUCCAAAUAUUCCAGAAGUGAAUCUGAACGGAAAAACUGAAGCAAAAAAAAAAAAAAUAGUUCAUCUGGAAAAAUCCUCCAAAUCAGGGGAAAAAAAAGAAAGCGAGAGGGGACAGAAAGUGGUGAUUUUUAUCAAUUAUCUAAUAAAUGAUAAUAAGCAUCUUCCUAAACACUUGAUAAUAAAAAAUGUUAACAAAAUUACAAAUGGAGCUCAAAAGAGCUGAAACAUAUGGGAGUGAGUCAUAUUUUAGUUUGUACUCUGGCCCCAAAAUAGUUAUAACUGAUGGAUUUCAACACUCAUCACUCUGAUCGAAGUUUCAAAUCGAGGGAGUGUUUGGGAAGAUGUUAAACACAGACACAAUAUCUUUGUCAACCCACAGAAUAAUGAAAGCUUGAUUAUUAACAUAGGGAGGUGCGUUAACAUCUCAAACAAUAGCAGGAUGUGUUUAUUUAGGGAAAAGGUUAGCGAAAGGAAAACCAUGGACUGCAUUAACCCUUUCAUUGGUAGCCAGACAGAACAGAACUGACUUUAUCCCCAUAUAAGGAGGUAUUUACGACAAUUAAAUGUAUUUUAUAAGUGUGUGUUUUCAAAAAUCUUUUUAUUUUUAUUCUUAUGAAAUUCUUCAUUUCCUCUAGGUUGAAUACUGCGCAAAAGCCCUCUCUUGGAUAGUGGAUGCCCUGUCAGAGAGUCAAAUGGUGAAAACCGCAAAACCACCUCCUGUUUUACAAUAGGGUAAGUGAAUGAGAAAAAAAAAAAAGGAUACAAAUAUUUACAUGCACCAGAACAUGCAUACCUCGUAAGGUUGCAGAGCAAAUCUUGUCAGUUACGUUUGCAUGCUGCCAUCGAAACAGAGUAAUGUCACAUCACUCGUUCCUCUACUAGCACUGGCUAGGGAGUUUCCAUAGCAACCACAGUGCAUGCGCUAUGCUAUGGGUGGAGAGCAGAGGGGACCUCCUGUGGGAGAUCUCUGCUGCUCUCCCUUGUCAGUCAAUGCCUCGGCGUGCUACAUAUUUACUAGCAAAACUGCUAGUACAUUAGAUCAGGCUUCCCCAAACUCCAGCCCUCCAGAUGUUGCUGAACUACAACUCCCAUGAUUCUAUGAAUGAAAUAGGCUGAGAAUGACCAUAAGUUGCCUGGAGCACAACAGGUGCCCUUUAAGGUACUCUUAAUGACCUGCAAUAUAUGUGUGAGGUUUUCAGAAUCUUUGCUUAUUUAAGCCGAUACAUAGAUAUUCUUGUGUGCUGCUAAAAUGAUCAGAUUUGCCUUGCUGGACAGUUCAUUGGCAGGAAUUUAAUAAAUGGAAAGUAAAAUCCUCAGAGGGUGGUGGAGGUUUUUUUGUCAGCAGAUGUUCACAGGUUUGGGAAGGUUGGUUUAUCAUAGUUUUUUUUAAUAUCAUAUUCUCUUGGUUUCAGAUUCAGAAGAGAAACACGUUUUAAAAACAACGCCUGCCUGCCAUGAGAUUUCAUGACUUGUUUACUCCUUCAAACAUGAUGGCCUUUUUUAAAACGAACAGUGGUUCUUUUGUCCAUUUUUAUAUAUUACGUUCAUUUCUUUAUUGUUACCAAACUGACUUUUUUGUGAUUUUAUAUCUCUUGUUUGUCAUUAACUUUACCACUCAGUGAAAAUCUCUCAUUCCAAACUUUGAUACAAAAUAUCUCUCCAAGUUUCCUUUCGGCCUUCAGAAGAUAUGGAAUGUUUUAUCUUUUUCGCAAAUGUGGAAAAUCUGGAAUUUCAUGCAUCAGGACGAUAAAAGGCAACUACUUUGGAGCUUAUAUGAACGCAUGUAAAUAUACAGAUUCAGAGAUCCCAGUAUAGUGUACUCAAAACUCCCUAAAUUUAUUGCACGUCGACAAUCGAGAUUGAUAGUGAAUCCCUUGUUUCUUUUAAACCAGUGACUAUAGUCCUCACUGUUGCAGUGGUACCAAGUAUCAAUGCGUUUUAGAUUUUAUUUAUAUAUUUUUUUAUUCUUGUUUGCCUCUAUUUGUUUUUUUAUUAAAAGGGAUGAAUUGUAUAACAUAUGUCUUUAGCAAUAGGUCUGUGUCAAAUUGUACACACAGGGAAAUCAUAUCCGAAAAGAGAAGUUGGACCAAAUAAAGAGAAAAGUGUGUGGGGAAUGAACUGUGUAUUGCUUAAUUCAAAAUAUGGAGUCUUGUGAAUUCAGCAUAUUUCGUGUAUGUUUGUAUAUCUGUUCGUAUCUAUCAUACUCGCACUAAUACAUAACAUCUACAUGUAUCAUACUCACCCUAAUGCACAUCAUCUACAUAACAUUUAGGCGAUUUUACGGGCGGAUCCGGGAUUGGAAUUUGGGUGGGCCACUGACAAAAAAAACCAAAAAGUAACCUUAAAAAAAUCACUUUUCGCAGCCGGUGCCCCAGUGCAGUGUCCUGAGAUAGCAUGACUGAUCUCAGGACUGUCAUUUCAAUGCUGCUUGGCCACGCUACUAAAGUACAUAGGUGGAAGAAGAUAUAAAUGUUUUUAUAUAUUUUCUUGGCACCUGCUGGAGCUAUCUCAAGGACACCUGCCCAGUUGACUCCCCAGAUCCACCCCUGGGCAAUUUAUGCCAAAUACAUAGGAGCGCAAAAGGUUGUUUACUAGAGUGUGAAUUCUUAAAAAUUUAAAGUUUUAGACAAAAAUAGAUCAAUUGUAAAGACAGCUGACUUAAAAGGUUUUUACAGUUCUGCUAUUUUGGCCAAAAAUUGGAAAUUCAUUUCAAAUUCCUGAAAAUUCACACUUAAGUAAAAAAAAACGUAAACUAUAAAUGAAGAUCUGAAUUGCAAACUGAGGCUUAAAUAGCCAAUGCUGUUACAGGUUUUAACUAAUUUUAGUUAAAGGGAAACUCCAGUGCCAGGAAAACAAUCCGUUUUCCUGGCACUGCAGGUCCCCUCUCCCUCCCACCCCCCAAUCCCCGGUUGCUGAAGGGGUGAAAACCCCUUCAGUAACUUACCUGAGGCAGCAACGAUGUCCCUCGUCACUGCUUCCUCCUCCACCGCCGCUCCUCCUCUGCAUUGCGUCAGCCGGUGUGCGAGACUGAUCCCGGCCGGGGAGACCUAAUGCGCAUGCGCAGAAAUGCCGUGCAUGCGCAUUAGCGCUCCACAUAGGAAAUCAUUGAAAAUGCAUUUCAAUGCUUUCCUAUGGGGAAAUGAGCGACGCUGGAGGUCCUCACAUAGCGUGAGGACGUCCAGCGACGCUCUAGCACAGGUUUCCUGUGCUAGAAACCAGGAAGUGCCCACUAGUGGCUGUCUAGUAGACAGCCACUAGAGGUGGAGUUAACCCUACAAGGUAAUUAUUGCAGUUUAUAAAAAACUGCAAUAAUUACACUUGCAGGGUUAAGAGUAGUGGAAGUUGGCACCCAGACUACUCCAAUGGGCAGAAGUGGUCUGGGUGCCUGGAGUGUCCCUUUAAUGUUGUUGUUGGAUUUUAGGACACUGCAAUUCAGUGAAUAAACCUCUUGAUAGUUUCAAAUCACUGCUAAAAUAUUGUGCAAAUUAGAGAAAUUAGUUAAAUGGCAAACUUUAGAUACCUGAUACAUAUUUCUGUUGGCUCCCUUGCCAGUCGUGUGAUAAUUUAGGAAUUAUCUUUUAAUUGCAUCAAAGGGUUGAACAAAUGGGGAGACAGUUGCUGGUGCCCUGGCCAGCCAACUUGGUAUAACAUAAGACGUUGGACUACAGGAGACAAUUACCAGCGGUUUUUACCCAUGAUCCACUGCCCUAACCAAAUUAGGAGUGUUGUUAGUAGGAUACCACAUUAACCUCAUCAGCUGAUUGUUCUAAAACUUCCUCUGAUUCUGUGAACAUCCAUUUUGAUUUUAGUCUGAUCUAACCAGUUUGUAUUUGAUCUUUCAUCCCUGUGCUGUUGUUGAGCCUAGGUCCCACACUAUCCUUGUCUUGUUGCAUCCAAACUGUCCCUUUAGGUUACUUCCGUUUGUUGGCUUUGAGAUAUACUUCCAUAAUAUCCUUAUGUCUGUGCUCUGUGCUUUUGCCUGACAUUGUCUGGACUUUGACACAAAACAUUAAUCUAAUGAACACAAUUUAGCUCAUACAGGUGAGGAUAGUAAGCAGUCAGGAUGUUAUUACUUUCUAUACUAUAUGGAGCACCGGGGAUCAUCAAAGAGAGUGCAUUAUGCUUUUCUGGCUCUUAUAAUAGACAAUAUAUUUUUUUACAUUUUGUUUUUCUGACAUAACAGAAUUUUCUCUAAUGUCCACAUCCACUUUAAAAAAUGCACUAAAUGUAUAGAAGACAAAAGCUGUCCAAAAUAAGGGAAGUUACAUUGUACUAUUUUAAGUUCCCAUGACAUAGAGUGCUUUACGUUCCCAUGACAUAGAACAAAGCAUUAUUUGAUCUGUGCAUCCAUUGUUAUUGUUUUAUACAUUUCGGUUGGGUGUAAAGACAGGUUCUUUCUUUGCAACUUUGAAGUUCUCUCCUAUACUUUCUUCUUUCCUACAAGAGUCAGAUUAGGAUCUGGAAGUGGUAUGGGGGAACUUGUAUUACUGGAUUUAGAGGAUGAAUGGGAGGGAGAUUUUGAACAAUUAAACAGGAGAUGUCACUUCUGUGAAAUUUAAACCAUAGACUAAAACUUCAAAAAUCACCUAUAAUUAGUGCUAACCUUUCAUCACGCGAUGCUUUGUUUUAAUUGAAAUGUAUUUUAAAGAUUUAACAAAUGAAAGCAUAAUCCAGUACAGACAAGGCAAGUUCAGGGCAAAUAUUGCAAACGAGGUGGAGAAAUUAAAACAUCGUUUAAUUAUCCUCUUCUCUGUCAGUUAUUUACUAAACUGGGAACGUUUGAGAAUUCAAAGUGAGUUUCAGGAUUAAGGCCGAAAUAACCGAAUUGAAAAGUAAGCUUUGUUUCCAGUUCAGCUAAAACUUGAAAAUUCAGUUUGGAUUAUCAUUGAAUUUAGAACAGUUCUCACAUUGGUAAAUAAUUCUGUGCAUGUUUUCUCUAUGCCGACUGCCAGGGGUUAAGGAUGGAGCUUAUAACAUAGAUUGACAGAGAGCUAAGAUGGAGACGCCCAGUUGCAAAAUAAAAAAGGUGUGGAUUUCUAUAUUAAAUGUUAUUUUUCACAUCUCACAAAUCAGUGUUUGUUAAAUAUAGGGAUAAGUAAAUAUAAUAUUAAAAAUCUUAAAGGGACACUAUAGUCAGCCACAGGGGCGGCUCUAGACUUUGCGAGGCCUUAGGCGAAACUCAGACAUGAGGCCCCAAAUAAUAGCAUUAGUGAAAAUAAAGUAGGGGUGGCCUUGUGUGUAGAUCUAUUGAAAGGCAGGCUUGCAGCGUUAGAUACAGAAAGCUGGUCUCUGUAUUCAUCUUCAGAGGCUUGCAUUGUUGCAGCAUCCUGUGCCGCUCCGUUGUGAGCUGUCUGACUGUAGUUAUGGCAAAAUUUGCAAUUACGCUAAUUGUUUAUACAAGAUUGCGGGGUAUGGUUGUAUAGCCUGGCUGUCAUGUAUAGAUAAGUGCCAGUGUGAAGGGGUUAUUGGAAACAAAAAUGAAUAUUUUGGUUGUGUUUUUAAAAAAAUAAUUUACCAAAUUAAGUUACAGAUAAGAAAACAAUUUCAUAGACAUUUUCCCCACAUAUUCUAUAAUCCUUUACAUGUAUAUUAUUCUAUAUGUGUUUCCCCAUGUAUUGUAUUUGUAUCAAUGCAUAUAAUAUGGAAACAGCCUAAUGCGCUCGCGGCUGACUUUUUUCUUUAACCUUUUAUGUGCCAAGGGGGAGAUUGCGAGGGUGACCACAAUUCCUAGGCAAAAGUAAAGUUUGCCGCCCCCCCCCCCAUGUGACAUCACAAUGCCCCACCCAUAUGAUCUGCCAUGUUAACUAACACCAGUGCUGGAGUGCCGCCGUGUUUACAUUAAAAGGCCUGCAGGGACAUGCUAUAGACACCAGAACCACUACAUUAAGCUGCAGUGGUUCUGGGGACUAUAGUGUUUCUUUAAUGUGAGGUAAAUUAGAGAUUAGUGCCACAAAUAAUAUGCUAGAUUGCCUACUUACAACCAGAUGAGGAUGAUGAUGGGCUCUGGCUGCAGUCUGGCUCCACUGGUCUGGUGUAGAACAGGCUCUCUGGAGGCUGUUUGUAACUGUGGUCACAAAAAUCAAUGUUCUGGGAGAACGGUAAGCAGCUCCAUUUUUUGGGCGCCCUUUACACAGCUCAAGGUCUGGGUCCCAGGGUCCACCUCCAUGUUCCACCAAUGAGUUUGUUCACAGGGGGUGGAGUGUGUAGGGGAUGUCCUGAUAUGUGUGUAAGGAAUGCAUUGUGUGAAUCUGUGUUUGUAUGUGUAAGGGCUGCAAGGUGUGUUUCUGUGUAUGUACGGGAUGCAGUGUGUGCGUCUGUAAGGGGUGCAUUGAUGGUGUGUACGGGGUGCAUUUAGUGUGUGUAUUUCUCCCCCUCCCCCCCUCCCUCGUCACUCUCUCCUCCCCUCCUCGUCACUCUCUCCCCUCGUCCGCUCUCCCCUCCUCGUCACUCUUUCCCCCUCCUCUCUCCCCCUCCCGUCACUCUCUCCCCCUCCCCGUCUCUCACUCCCUCCCCCCUCCCUCGUCUCUUUCUCCCCCCCUCCCUCGUCACUCUUUCUCCCCUCCCUCCCUCGUCACUCUCUCCUCCCUCCCUCUCUCACUUUCUCCCCCCCCCUCCCUCGUCACUUUCUCCCCCUCCUUGUCACUCUCUCCCCCUCCUCGUCACUUUCUUUCUCUCUCCCCCCCUCCUCGUCCUCUUUCUCCCCUCCUCUCGUCACUCUUUCUCCCCCUCCCUCGUCCUCUUUCUCCCCCUCCCCUCUUUCUCCCCCCCUCCUGUCCUCUUUCUCCCCUCCCUCUCCUUGUCUCUCUCCCCUCCUCUCCCCUCCCUCUCCCCCUCCUUGUCACUCUCUCCCCCUCCCUCUCCCCCUCCUUGUCCUCUCUUUCUCCCCCUCCCUUGUCACUCUCUCUUUCUCCCCCUCUCCCCCUCCCUCCCUUGUCCCCCCCAUCCCUACGCCCAUGCUUGUGCCGUCUGCUGUACAGCUCACCAUGAGAAUGUAAACGGUCUAUUGCAGGUACACAUCAAGCUACCCACAAGGACAUUUUGUUUAGCAAGAAAUUGCUUUUUAUUCUAGCGAA